AGCUUGGGAAGAGCGAGGGAGGGAGAGGGAGAGCGCGACGGAGGAAGGGAAGGAGGGAGGGAGCGAGAGCGCAGAGCCAGCGAGUGUUCCGGGUCAGGCGCAGGAAUGAAGAAAGGUGCUGCUGCUGCUGCUGCUGCUGCUGCAGCCUGAGCGACGAGCGAGCCGGGCUCCUUGGGAGAACUGGGGGGACACUGAUUGGACAGCGGAGGCCCAAUAAGAGACAAAAGCAGCAGGAAGGUUUUCUGUUUCUUUUCUUUUCUGCGCGUAGUAGUCUGGAGCGGCAGGAAAGAGUUUUCUCCUGUCCCAGGCGAAUGUUUGCAGGAGCUGCCGCCGCCUCCUCCUCCUCCUCCUCCGGGACUUGCUGAGGAGAGGAGAAGGCGAGGGCGGCCUCGAAGGCGGCGGCUGGCAGACCAGCGAAGGCGACGUGCCUGGGGAGCCGGCGUCGGCGGCGAGGGUUGCUAAGGGCCGGGUUUGGAGCCGCCCCCCUCCGUGCUCCUCUCCUCUCUCUCCCCGCGCUCGCUGAGGGCGAAAGAAGCCUCUCUCUCUCGCGCGCGCGCCUGGCGCUGGAACUGGAAGCCGAGCCGGGCAGGGGGCCGCGGGGAGGCUGAGGCGCUGCCCCGAGUGGCCGCGCGAGCCUCGCGCAGCUUGCCGAGGGUUGGGCUGCGGGAGGCAGGCAGAGGGUUGCCGCCGCCGCCGCCGCCGCCGCCGCCUUUGCUGCUAUGUUUCAUUGCAUCCCGCUGUGGCGGUGCAACCGUCAUGUGGAGAUUAUCGACAAGCGCCACUGCUCGCUGGCCGCCGUGCCCGAGGAAAUCUACCGCUACAGCCGCAGCCUCGAAGAGCUCCUGCUCGACGCCAACCAGCUCCGAGAGCUGCCGAAGGUGAGCGAGAGAGGGGGCGAAGAGACGGCGGGGUCGCCGCUGGGGUGUGUGUGUGGGGAGAUUCAUUUUCGCAGGUGGGUCAGGAAUGGAGCGCCGCUCUCGCCUCUCCCCCCCUCCCCGACCCUAAAGGUGAAAGAGUCCGCGAGAGGUUCCUUCACCUCGGCUGGGACUGGGAGCAACCAUUAGCAGCAGUGGGGGGGGGGGAGGUGGCCCAUUGAAAUCAGUGCCGUUUCUGAAACUUCUGAACUUCGCACGGGGGGGGGGGCAGUUCCGCUCUUAGUGCUCUUCUCGAGCCACCUACCAGCGCGGGUGACUGGUUUACUCGGAAGGAGUGUGUCGUGACCCCCGUUCUCACGACGGCAUCAAUGCAUUCCGACGGUGGUCUCUUUGGCGCAUGGGCUUCUGUCAGAGCGCGCUAGCAAAAGCCCCCGCCCCCCCCCGCUCGCUAGUUUGGGAUGGAACCACAUUGGACAAGAGGAGAAAGUGUGGGGCGAGGAGCUGGCUAGGUAGGGAAAGGGACCUGAAAAACAGCUGUCUCUGCCUGGGCGCCAGCCUUCCUUGCCAACACAGCCCUAAGUCUCAAGUCUUGCAAGACCUGCUUUUCCAUUUGUGUGAUGGCCUGUUUGCCUUGUUAAAAAAAACAAAAACUGUCCUGCUUCACAGCCAGGUACGAAUGAGAUUUUAGAAUAGCAUCUUGUCAGGAAAGAAUAAAUGAGGAGCAAACAAACUUGGGACCCAAGAUAUAGGAGAAUAGUGAAAGUGGUACUGGGCUCUUGUUGGGUAGCCCCUGUCUUCCUGAUGUAAAUUAACUUAUGGAUUCCCCCCCCCCCCGGGUUAAUACUUAAAGGUUAAUUCUCACUAAAGUAGUGCUGGAACCAACCUUCCAUUUGCAGGUAUUACUGUGGAGAUGGGAAUUUCUGCAAUUGCUGUAUUGUGUUCAAUUAAUGUGGCCAUGAGGGUGGCUGCUUAUAGUUGUUGAACUGGCCCAUGCACAGGUUCACCAUGGAAAAUAGAACAUUUGGAUUUACAAUGAGAUGGAGAAGACCAUGUACACUAUCCCCUUUACACAGGAACUAUUGCAAACAUUGUUUUAUAAAUUCCUAGUCUCCUGCUGUGUUUUUUGGUGUUGUUUUUUUGGAGGGGGGUUGUGUUAGCCUGCCCAAAUAAAAAGGUUCUGAGUGGGUUAUUUUAUGUUUUAAAAACACACACAGUACAAAUAAAUCAGACCCUGUGACUAAAACUUAACCACCUCAGCUCAAAUUACCUUGCAUCUCUUCUGAAAUACUUGGGGUAUGUCUGUAGUAAGGCCUCAUUAUAAGUGAGUGAUAUAAUCCAUAGAUGCAGCAAUGGUAUUGAUAUGUGCUGCUUUUACCAGUGGUUCUGAAAAGGGUCUUUAGAUGGAUUUAAGAUAUAGGCAGAAAGCAUUUUUAUGGCCUCAAGUAAGUCUCCUUCUGCCACUGUUUCCCCCCCUUAAUGCACCAGUAGAUACUUCCCCUUUCACUGUACAAGUUUAUGAAUCAAGUACCGCCUCAUCUACAUUUGUGGUGGUGAACAGCCUGUGGUACCGACUGGCUGAGUUGCUGUGGUUUCUUGGGGAACUAAGCCCUUUGCAGUCCAGUUUCUGUGAGGGAAGAGAAGGUUUUCGGUAUGCCUAGAUUAAAGUGGAAACACAGGGUAUGUCUGAGAACUGGGAUACAGGGAAGCUAAGUGACAAGCUGCACAGAGGACAGAGGCUGAAAUAGAAGGACAGAACAGGCCAGGACCUGAGAGAGUAGGUGGAUAAUUCAGCUUGAGGAAAGCUGCUGCUUGCUGUUUUAGCUACCAGAUUUUGGUAAAAGUUUCCAUGUGAUGUACAAGCAUGUCUGCUGAAUCAGCAUGCAUGACACUUGGAGAAAACAUCACCCUUAUCUAGCUCUGGUCAUGCUUAAAAACCCUCCCCACCAUUUAUGCGUGGCUAGUCGUGUCAAAAGACUAAUGAGCAUUUCAAUGUGCAUAUGAAUCUGCAUCCCACUGGAAACAAUAUGAUGAAGACGGGUGUGUAUUCUGAGCCACAUUUGGUUUAUAGCAAUGGUUCCUGAUUCUAUAAGACAGGGAUGGGAUACAGCUGGACUCUCAGGUCCCAUUAUCCCUGACUGUUGGCUGCACUGGCUGCUGCUGCAAGUUGGAGUCCAGCAAUAUCUAGGUAAUUCCAACAUCCCUGGUGUAAGAGAUGUGGAAGUCUGCUUUCCCAUAUUGAGCUUUUUAGCUGCUUAGGAGUGCAAGCCUGGAGUGCACCCUUUGGUUCAAGUAGCUACUAGAAUGGAGCAGAAUCAUCACUUUUGGUAGGUAGGCCAUUUUUGAAGUAGAAAGACUGAGAAUUAUCAGUUCUCAAUUUAUAGGAUGAGUGUUGUUUGUUUCCUUUUGCUAUUUUCACUCUUAGAACCCAUACCCUAGGGGCAAAGGACUUUAGCACCUAUAAAUUGUCAGAGGACCUGAAGUAUUCUGUGUGAUGAUUCAUUCCAUCUAGGAUAUAAGGGACUGUCUUGAAUUAAAUCAGGUUAGCUGAAUUCCGUGGGAAUGAUAGAUACAGUAUACUGCUUCACUGCUUGUGCAUUGAUUUGGAAUCAAACAUUCUGUAAUAAAAAGACGAAUCAACUCUCUCUAGUACUGGCUUUUCAAAAUUUUAGAAAAUGGUAUUCUCAGUGCUUCCCCCCAGGGGGUACUUAAGGGUACACAGUACCAGCACCUCUUUUUUGAUUGUUAAAAAUGUAGCACUUACUGUAACAACUUCAUGGUGCAUACCAGCACCUAUUUUUCUAGAAAAAUAGGUAUUUCCUAGUCCUGCUCUCUGAUAUUAUUUUACUGGAGAUCACAUUGCUCUUUCACUGAGCUAUGCCUCUGCCCUAUACAGUUUGUGCUUCCCCUCUGGAAAGGGAACUUCAUUAGAAAAACUCAGUCUUCUUAGAUUGCCUUCUUCCAGGAUUCAAAGGCACAGUUUCAUGGGUGCAGACCUUUGUGCGAGUCAUAUGCCAAAUCACUGAGCCAUACUGUGUGUGUGUGUUUGUAGCUGCUUCAUGCUCAAAUAUCAUGCUGUGGUCUGUCAGUUUGUUUGUCUGGGUAAAGUCAUUGAACCUGACAACAUGCUUCUUAAAAGUGAUAAACAUGUUUGUCUUUCCAUUCUUGAAUUUUUCCUUUAAGAAAUACAAUACCUUCAGUUCCUAUAUUUGGUCUUCUAAAGAACUAACCUUAUUUCUAUUGUACACUCAGUUUACAGUGACUCUUCUCAGAGCAAAACAUGGUUAAGAAAGUAUAACUGGUUCGAAGUGGAUGUCUGAACUAGGGUGGGGGAAGGCUUAUGAGUGAUCACCAAACCAGAAUAAGAAGCUAUGGUUUGAAGUUGUUUUCAAACCAUGGUUUUUGCCAACUCUGAUUCAAGCCCUCUUCAGAAGUUACUUGGGUGAAAGGGGCUGUAUGAGUAGUAGGCACAGCAAGCCAGGACUACUGCCCCCCAAGUCACAUUGCUAUCUGCCCACACACCCCUCUAUCCAUGCAUCGUCUGGAUGUCUUUAUGGGGAAGCCUGUCUACACACACACACAGGCACUCACUCAUUCUGGGCUCCUGAUCAUGCAGGGUGGUAUUCAGUGCUCGUCCUUCUCACAGUAGACCAAUUGAAGCUCCUCCACAUGCAGCUGCUGGGUGACCUUGGGCCAGUCACACUUCUCUGAAGUCUCUCAGCCCCACUCACCUCACAGAGUGUUUGUUGUGGGGGAGGAAGGGAAAGGAGAAUGUUAGCCGCUUUGAGACUCCUUCAGUAGUGAUAAAGCGGGGUAUCAAACCGAAAACUACUACUACUCUUCUUCUUCUUCUUCUUCUUCUUCUUCUUCUUCUCUUGAUAGGCAUGACUAACUUAGGUUUGUUGCUUUCAGUGGGUCUACUCUGAGUAGGACUUAGUUGUGUGUGGCCCAUAGGGUUUUUGAAUGUGUGCAAGCCUUUGUGCGCAGACACUGACUCGCCCUAUGCAGACAUCAACAUGCACAGCCUGAGACUGCUUUUAUGUGAUGAGUCCACUUCAGAUGAGUAAGACAUGAAGGGACUUUGGUGUGAUGUCCGCAUGAGCAAAGGAGUUAGUCGUCACUCUUUUUGCAGAGAUGCUGCAUCCUGGUCAGGGGAGUGAACUUGUUGUAUGUUUGUGUUUCUAGUCUAUAGUUACCACAAAGUAUGGCUUGGUGUGUUUUCUGAAUUCAACAAAAGUGUUUCAUUCAUUCAUUCAUUCAUUCAUUUUCAUCUGCCCAGUGAUGUAUGGUUAGUAACAUGUCAGAUCCAGGAAGUGUUUCUAGGGCUUGAACCCAGGUCACAUUCCAGCAUUCCACUUGCUUCUCCCCACAGCCAAAGAAAAAUAACCACCAGCUGGUAAAUAAAGGUUGCAUUUUUUCCUGUUGCCCUUGCUUCUGUCGAAAUUGUUUUAGGGAAUAUUGUGAUUUCCAAGGGUCGUAAGGCAGGAACUGGCAGGUUUUAACACUUGAGGGUUCUAUUUUGUUUUUUGUUUUGUUUUACUGUAGCUCAGCCAGUGGCAGCUGCAAAAUAGAGGCUCGACUGGGUGGACCUGAUUCAAAGAAUUAGAACCAAGCUCCCUCUGAGCACAUGCUCAGCCCAUAAAUGUAUGAUCAGUACCAGAAAUGAGCUCACAACAUUUUUCACAUGAAGAUCCUACUCUUGAUUCUCCUCCCAACCCCUUAACUUUCAUUUUCAUAAACCUAGUUGGGCAUGGGGGUUGGGAGAGCUUUGUUGUUAAACAAUUGGAAGUCAGAAACUUUUGCCAGUCUCCUAGAUAUCUGUCAAUAGAUCCCAAUCUACCUUUUGCUGACCCCUGUUUUGAGCUGCUUUGAGUAGUCCAUAGGUAUUAAGAAGCGCAGGAUAGAAAUUUCUACGUAAACAAAAGAAAUGUGGUUCCAUUAAACUAAAGCUUUACCAAAACCUUUUAUUUACUGGCACUGUGAUAAUAUAUAUAUAUAUAUAUAUAUAUAUAUAUAUAUAUAUAUCACCUCUGCCAAUACCUCUCUCUGGUCUAAAGAACAUUUUGUGCAGUUUACCAAACACCUGAGUGUACAUAUUUUCAUUUUUAACAAUGGUCUUUGUUUUGCACCUUCCAGUAUUUAUUAUUAUUUAUUGAAUUUUAUAUCCUGCCCUUCUUCCCGAAGGAGCCCAGGGUUACAAGCAGACCCAAAAUUUAAAAAUGAAGAUAUUUUUAAAAACCCCACUACAAUUAAAAUCAGUCUGAAACAUUCUAAAAGCAUAGAGUUAAAAAUAUGAUUCCACUCAGUGGUCUCAAUGUUGCCAGGAACAGUAUUCUUUAGCUAUCAAAUGCCUGGAUAAAGAGGAAUGUUUUCAAGUUUCUCCUGAAAGUUACUGAUGAUAAAGAUGGGUGCAUCUCCCAAAGGAGAGCAUUCCACAAACGGGGAACACCACUGAAAAGGCCCUGCAAUGAGUGAACACCAACUGAGCACCCAUUGCUUACAGCAGCACCAAGGCAUCUGCUGCUGAGCAUAGGGUUAUCUGACAUGGUUGAUAUCUAGGAAGGCACUCCCUUCACUAUAUUUUAUGCCUUCUUAAAUGCAUGGGCUACACAGUCGAGCAAGUGACUACCAGGAACACAGUCUUUCUCAGUUGUUGUCUUUGCCAGCAAGAUGACUUACAAUCAUGGAUUCAUAGCUAUCAGAUUUAUGAACAUCAGGUGUAGUUUGGCUCUAAGAUUCAGUGUCCAGAACUCUGCAAUUCCAUAGUAUAGAUAUGGUCUUAAUAAAUAAAGAAAUUGCCCAAGAUGUGAAAAUGUUGAAGAUCUACCUAAAUUAGCUCUCUGAACAUUUGAUAACUUGUGCAAAUAAGGGGGGGGGGAUGCAAUGUAUAGUAGGGACAGAAAACAAUAACCCCACACACCUGUCCCGAUAGGGGAAACCUUCCAAAGGAUAAUGGAAAUCUCUUUGCCACCCUGAUUAUGUGUAGGAAGAACAGAUCAAGCAACGUGUGGGGGCAAUGCGGUGUGCAUGUUUUUUUUAGCUAUUUCCUUUCAGGAAAUAUAUAACAGAAGCAGUCUUUUUCAACCUGCUGUCCUCUGGAUGUUGUGGUCUACAGCCCCCCCCCCCAAGUCCUGACCAUUGACGAUUCUGGCUGGGGGCUGAUGGAAGCUGGAAUCCAAAACAGGUUCUGGAAGGCUGCCUUAGCAGUUAAGUAUGAAGGGGAAGGUUAAUCGCAUUUAGGCAAGAAACAAUGUGUUUUCAUUUGCGAGCCUUGAGACUUGAAAGCAAUUCAUGCCUUUCCCUGAGUGAUGACAGUAUAGGGUGUGUGUGUGUGUGAGAGAGAGAGAGACAGAAAGAAACUAAAUGACAUUUGGAGGAUUGUGAAUACAUAAUGGAACUGACAUUUCCUUAUGCUCCUAAUAAUAAUAAUAAUAAUAAUAAUAAUAAUAAGAGUUUCUUUCCACCCAGCAAGUUUUAUCGCUGAAGUGGAUGGCUUGUUGCCUGAACAUUCUCUUUUGAAAUAUCUAGAUUCUCUGGAACAGCAGGUUUUAAGGCAUGGCAUGGCUUCAAGUCAGCUAAGGUAUGCAGGUGAUACUGUACCAUGAGCAAGGCCAGACAUAUGUGAAACUGGAUAAUUGAGGUUCCUGCAAUGCUUCCGUAUAUAUUGCUCUUCCUCCAAGGAGCUUGGAACACUUUUAUUCUAGUAAUUCUCCUGUGGUGGAGGAAGGGGAUCCUGUGUGGGUUGUCACUGCCCACCUCUCCACUGUCAUGAAGUCAGGCUUUCGAAAGGGUACACCUGUGGUGGGCAAGGCAUUCUCCCCACUAAUGCAAUUUGUAGUUAAACAAGCAACUAUGUAGGACAAAAAACAAAACAACAUAGUUCCGGCUUAGUUCCAGUAGUAGCGGAACUGUGUUAUAUGCCUUCAGACUGCUCUCUGGACUUGUUGUGUGGACUGUGCAUGGCAGCGCUUUUUGGGAUGUAAAUGUUUCUGAGAAUACUGCUUUCGUAGUUUCUCAACUAUCCCCAGGACCCACAAGAGAAUAUCUCGUGUCUCAUGCCUUGUUGAUGCCUUAACAGUCCCUAACGUUGUUUUCACAGGUGAUUAGUCACCUUUUGGCUUCUGUUCUUACAGGAUGUUACUGUGUCCUGUUCCCACACUAAAUGUGAGGCGAUUUACAAUUGGUCCUGAUUCAGCCAUGUGAUAGUGUCGAUAUGAAAGCAAGUUUUCUAGUUAGGGGUUGCAAUGAAGCGAGGAUAGCGCAAGUUGCUUCAAGGUUUUGCACACAGUUGUGUGAGAAAACAAAAUGCUGGAUUAGGUGGUCCGAUCCAGUCAACUCUUCUUGUGUUCUUAUGAUAGCAGCAACAUAUAUAUAGGUAUUUGAAUUUUCAGUUUAAAAUAUGAAUUGGUACAUCACCUCCAUAAAUUUCUUAUUUUUAAUACUUGUGAUGAGUUUUCUUUUUGUAUUUCAAGCUAAACUUGGUUUUUUUAAAAUACUUGCAAUGUUCUAAAACAAAUAUGAUACUCUAAUUCUGAUUCAGUUAUCUGAAUGCCAUUGUUUAGGUAGCCUGAAUUGCCGUGCACUUGCACAAAUGGGAGGUAGGAGCAGGCAUGGGGUACCCCUGAUAUAUUCAGAGAUACAAACCCUACAAAGGGAUGGAUGGCUGCAGCAGGGAGGAUAUUCCUUCCAAACAUCCUCAUGGGUAUUGAGCAAGCCCAGUGCCUGUAGAAAGCUGACUGAGGAAAAACACCCUGAAAACUGGGUGGGAGGGGAAAAAAUGGGAUGGAGGGGCUGGAAGAGCAGCAUGGAGGAAGAAGCACAGAGAUAUAAAGAUGCUCGCCUGUUUACUUGCUCUGCAUAGCCUUCUGACUGAAUUCAAAGGCCUGCCUCAAGCACCCACCCGCCCAUGUUUGCAUGUUACUUUUUGUUCCUCUUAUUGUAAGUUAAUAUGAUCAGAAUAUUUUCAUUGUUCCUUGAGGCUCUUCAGACUGCUUAGCUGAAAGAGCACUUGGAUUAUUAACAUGCAUUUUAAAAAUAAUAAUAAAAAAUUGCACUGUAGUGGCUAAAUGGGUCUAACAACUUCUUUAAUUUUAUACUUUUCUGCAGCCUUCUUAAAUUUUGGACGCAUUGUCAAAAGGAGUGUAAGUGCCUACAGUUUAGACUGCAGGCUGGCCAAUGACCCGGCAGUCUCCAUCAAGGAACUUUAAUCCAAGCCUUUGGGAAGGCUUGAUGUUGGGAACUACAGUGGUACCUCGGGUUAAGUACUUAAUUCGUUCCAGAGGUCCGUACUUAACCUGAAACUGUUCUUAACCUGAAGCACCACUUUAGCUAAUGGGGCCUCCCGCUGCCGCCGCGCUGCCAGAGCACGAUUUCUGUUCUCAUCCUUAAGCAAAGUUCUUAAUCCGAGGUACUAUUUCUGGGUUAGUGGAGUCUGUAACCUGAAGCGUAUGUAACCUGAAGCAUAUGUAACCCGAGGUACCACUGUACUCAGAAAAUUUUUAUCACCUGCUUUUGUUUUUAGCAUUUACAACCCAUCUUUCCUCCAAGUGUCUCAAGGUGGUUCUCUCCCUCUGCAUUUAUAUCCUCACAACAACCUUGUGAAGUAGUGUAGGUUUUUUAUAUCUUGCUGACAUUUCUGUUUCUUUUAUUGUGAACAUUUUAUAGUGUUCACUGUUUCCUUUCUUUUUGUAUGUGACGUAUGGUAUCGGGUGGCCUCAAAGUUAGGUAAGUAAACUCCAUCCUAGGAUCCUCCAAAGCAAUUUGAAGACACUUGAGGCACAUCUCUGAUGCUAAGCCAGAUAGACAGAAGUGCAGGUCUUCAAAAACCUGACGAAACUCUGGAUUUAGCUGUCACGUCAUGUCUUUCUUCCCUGUCACAAUGUUUUAUGACAGCCUUUCCUCUAUAAAUUUGGAGUGGAAAACCUGGUUUGAAAACGCCUUAAAUCAACAGGGUGCAGGCUUGCACUCAGUUACACCCAAGUGCUUCCAGUAACACUUGUUUUCUUGCAAUGUGUAGACAUACUUUGGCAAAAACCUUAUUCUCAACAGUACAAUAGGGAUUUUCAUCUCUCCUUGUAGUGAAACCAAUGUGUACGGUACAAGACCCAGCUGGAAAAUGUGGGCUUAAAUGGUGGAUUUAAUGAGGGAAGGGAUGGGUUGCGAGGAUGGGUAGGCAUAUAAGGGACACAACUAGAAAUGUCCAUAGCCCAGUAGGACCAGCUUAUGUGAGAAUUAGUGGGAGGUUCAUUGCAUUUUUCCUGUGUGACCCCUGUGUUGAAUUCUUCCCUCUCCCAAAUAGGUUUGUAUGUUUAUACAGAACCGCUUAGCAUCAUGAAUUUGCAUUCUUACAAAAAAUGAAAUGCAUCCUCUGCCAUUAUCUCAGGUCAUCUCUUAGGAACCAUAGGCAGCUCCCUUAUACUGUUGGUCCAUCUUACUUUGUAUUGUUGAUACUGACUGGAAGAUGCUCUCCAGGGUUUCAGCUAGGGAGUCUCUCCCAACCAUACCUGGAGAAUCCAGGAGCUUUGGAUGCUUUACCACUGAGCUAUCCCCCUUCCCCAAAUAGUCCACAUACACAUUUCUUCUCUUCACAUGCUUGCUGCCUCCAGAUUUGUGUGGACAACAAUGUGUAGAUUAGUGGUAGGAAGGGAGUGUGGACCUUUCCUUCUUGGGAUGCGACAUGAGAUUUCAUUCUGUACAUCAUUAGUAUCUCUUUCUCUCUCAUUAAUCCCAAGUGCUUUAAAAGUAGCUGCAAUGAGUGUGGCGUACUUCAGAUUUCAACAACUGCUGUAAUUACUUAAUGCAGAGCACUAACUCAGUAAUUGCCCAUCUUCAUGAAAGCUUUGCAAUUAAGGGGGGGGGGAAUAUAUUUAACAAAAUUCAUAUAUUGCUUGUUUUAAUAAAACUUCUAAGUAGAUUAGAGUAGACACAUGUAACUUCUUUGCAAUGUUAGAAAUUAGCCAGGCACCAGGUGCAUUUUGUGACUGGUGUGGGUCCAAUUGCAACCACAUGGAGAUCUCUGGAUGCCAGGUUGAUGACUGGAGAAAGCAAAAUGUCACUUACAGAAGGACCUGAAAUAGUUUCCUUUGAAUUUGUUUUAUUCUAGAUUGUUUUAUUUGAUGUUUUAAUGUGUUGCAAACCACUUUGAUGUAUUUUCUUUAAAAUAUAAAGCAGUGUAGAAAUGAAAACAACAACAAAUCUCAUUGCAACCCCCCCCAAACCACCUAGAUAUUCCAUUGUGGCAACCAUAACCUAGGUCUAAGGUGCCAUUUGGCAAUUAGAUUAUAUAUUUAAGUUUCUAAUACUACUUCUACAUGUCUGGAUAGGCUUGUCCUAAACAAAAAUAUUUCAAGCAGGCACCAAAAAGAAUACAGUGUAGAGGAAGGCAGUUCCUAAGCGUAGAUGCAACAGCCUAGAAGCCCAAUUUACUGCAAGCUUGGAAUGCGUAUUAUGUGGCACCUGGAACAGUAACAGUGCUGCAGAUCAAAGUGUUCAAGGGGGCAUCCAUAGGGUAGGGCAAUCCUGCAAGUAAACUGGUCACAAUACAGUUUUAAAUACAGAUAGUGAUGCCUAGAAUGUGGCCCAGUAACAAAUCGGGUUCUAUAUGCUGAUGGUGUCUUGGGAAGCUCCUCAUAAAGGGCCAGUGUGGUGUAGUGGUUAAAAGCGGUGGACUCACAAUCUGGCAAACCGGGUUUGAUUCCCUGCUCCUCCACAUGCAGCUGCUGGGUGACCUUGGGCUAGUCACACUUCUUUGAAAUCUCUCAGCCCCACUUACCUCACAGAAUGUGGAGUUAACCAGGGCUAUUGACUGUUUGGCUCCAAAGCGCCCUCUCUGAUUGCAUGGAGUCCGGACAGCCCCGUGGUUUUCCACGGAUCUGAGGGCAAUGAAACAAUCGUUGAGACGGCUAGAGCGCCGGUGGCGGAUAACCCAUUCUGAAUCUGACCGGACACGGGUUAGAGCUCAAUGUCAAGCCUACCAAGUGGCGAUAGCGACGGCGAAGAAGACUUUCUUCACCGCCUCUAUUGCAUCUGCGGAAAACAGCAGCAGGAGACUCUUUCAGGUGGUUCACAAUUUAGCGGAACCACCUGCUCCAUCAGGGCCCAGUAGCGGCCACAUGAUCUCCUGCAAUGACUUUGCAAAGUUUUUUUGCAGAUAAAGUCGCUCAGAUUCGAGAAGAGGUAGACUCCACCGUGGGAGCAGGGCCGGGGCGGGAGAGUGCUAGAGUCCUGUCUAGUCAAGUUGUGUGGGAUCAAUUCCAAUCUGUUACCCCCGAGGAUGUGGACAGGCUGCUUGGACGAAUGAAACCAACCACUUGCCUCCUUGAUCCUUGCCCAUCCUGGCUUAUAAAAGCUAGCCGGGAAGGACUGGGCGAUGGGCUUCGUGGGGUGGUGAAUGCUUCCCUCCAUGAGGGAGCCUUCCCAGACCCGCUGAAAGAGGCGGUUAUUAAACCGCUUCUUAAAAAACCAUCUUUAGAUGCGGCCACGAUAGCCAACUAUCGCCCAGUCUCAAAUCUUCCAUUCUUGGGCAAGGUGAUUGAGCGAGUGGUUGCUGAACAACUCCAGGCACGCCUGGAAGAAGCGGACCAUUUGGAUCCCUUCCAGUCGGGAUUCAGGCCUCAUCAUGGGACUGAAACUGCCUUGGUCGCACUGGUUGAUGAUCUCCGGCGGGCUAGGGACAAAGGUGAGAGCUGUUUCCUAGUUCUGCUGGAUCUCUCAGCGGCGUUUGAUACCAUCGACCAUAACAUCCUUCUGGACCGUCUUGAGGGGCUGGGAGCUGGGGGCACUGUUAUACAGUGGUUCCGCUCCUUCCUCCUGGGCCGUGUUCAGAAAGUGGUGGUGGGGGAUGAGUGUUCAGACCCCUGGGCCCUCACUUGUGGGGUGCCUCAGGGUUCUGUCCUCUCCCCCAUGCUUUUCAACAUCUACAUGAAGCCGCUGGGAGAGAUCAUCAGGGGAUUUGGGCUGGGUGUUCAUCAGUAUGCAGAUGAUACCCAGCUCUACCUCUCUUUCAAAUCAGAACCAGUGAAGGCAGUGAAGGUCCUGUGUGAGUGCCUGGAGGCGGUUGGAGGUUGGAUGGCGGCUAACAGAUUGAGGUUGAAUCCUGACAAGACAGAAGUACUGUUUUUGGGGGACAGGAGGCGGGCAGGUGUGGAGGAUUCCCUGGUCCUGAAUGGGGUAACUGUGCCCCUGAAGGACCAGGUGCGCAGCCUGGGAGUCAUUUUGGACUCACAGCUGUCCAUGGAGGCACAGGUCAAAUCUGUGUCCAGGGCAGCUGUUUACCAGCUCCAUCUGGUACGCAGGCUGAGACCCUAUCUGCCUGCGGACUGCCUCGCCAGAGUGGUGCAUGCUCUGGUUAUCUCCCGCUUGGAUUACUGCAAUGCGCUCUAUGUGGGGCUACCUUUGAAGGUGACCCGGAAACUACAACUAAUCCAGAACGCGGCAGCUAGACUGGUGACUGGGAGCAGCCGCAGAGACCACAUAACACCGGUGUUGAAAGACCUACAUUGGCUCCCAGUACGUUUCCGAGCACAAUUCAAAGUGUUGGUGCUGACCUUUAAAGCCCUAAACGGCCUUGGUCCAGUAUAUCUGAAGGAGCGUCUCCACCCCCAUCGUUCUACCCGGACACUGAGGUCCAGCACUGAGGGCCUUCUGGCGGUUCCCUCACUGCGAGAAGCCAAGUUACAGGGAACCAGGCAGAGGGCCUUCUCGGUAGUGGCGCCUUCCCUGUGGAACACCCUCCCACCAGAUGUCAAAGAGAACAACAACUACCAGGCUUUUAGAAGACAUCUGAAGGCAGCCCUGUUUCGGGAAGCUUUUAAUGUCUGAUGUAUUAUAGUAUUUUAAUAUUCUUUUGGAAGCCGCCCAGAGUGGCCGGGGAAGCCCAGCCAGAUGGGCGGGGUAUAAAUAAUAAAUUAUUAUUAUUAUUAUUACAGAGUGUUUGUUGUGGGGGAGGAAGGGAAAGGAGAAUGUUAGCUGCUUUGAGACACCUUAGGGUAGUGAUAAAGCGGGAUAUCAAAUCCAAACUACUACUACUACUACUACUACUCCUCCUCCUCCUCCUCCUCCUCCUCCUCCUCUUCUUCUUCUUCUUCUUCUUCUUCUUCUUCUUCUUCAUUGUAGUAAUCUAGUUUCAAAGCCACCACUGCCUGAACUUCUGUAGCCAAGCUCUCCAGGGGUGGUCAUAGCUGGUGCAGCUGAUAAAAGGUGCUUCUAGCCACUAGGGCUACCGGGGCCUCCAUUGACAGAGCUGGUCCCAGAAGCACCACAGGGCUGGGCUGUGUACCUGCACUAGCCAGUGUUUAGUUGGCUUUGGAGUGAGAUUUGUGCUCUCGUCUUCGUCCAGCAUGCUUCCUUAGUCUGAAGUUCCCCAGAAUGCCAAGGAGUCAGCAAUUGUGUCGGCUGCCCAUUUCAUCUUUGCACUGCAUAGCGAGAGCAGGGCUUCGACAGAAUGGCCAGCUUCCCCCACUGCAAAAUCUCCCUGAGCAUUCGGGAACACAUCAGGUUCCAUCAGUCUCAAACUAGGUAGUUCCCUCACUGAUAACUUCUGAAGGCUUUUUAAAAAACAACAGCAAUGGCACAGACCUGUAAAACUCCAAAAAAUAUUGUUUCUUAAAGGGAAAGUUUGUACCAUUCAAUUCACUUUCAGGGGACUAUAAGGCAAAGUCAAGGUAUUUAAUGUUUUCUUUCUUUUGUGCUACAUUGUUAUGUUGUUCAGUUUUGUGGUUGGUUGUGCAAGAAUUACUUAUACAAAGUGGCAGGCUGGGUUGUUUACUUAUUCUCCAUGGCACUUCUGGUAAUGGAAGUAAUCUGUCUACAUUCUCUCUUCCCCUUUCCCGCUGCUGAGCAUGACUAUCCAGCUUGCUAGUGUAUGCCCCAGUCCUUGUUUCUCUGUUUCCAGUUAAACUGGCCGCAGAUUCGGUAGCAUCCAGUAACAAACUAUGAUUAUAGGUUUCCUCUGCAGCAGCUGGAGGUGAAAGCUUUCUCCCUCUGCUGUGAUCUGAUGAGUCUCGCAGCAGAUGCUCUUUAAUCUUCACUGCUUUUGCUGCUCAUUCUACAUGUUGUGUUCGUGUGUGGGAGUAAAUCUGUGCCCACAAGAAAACAAAGCAAAGCAAUGAUUUCAGUGCAUUACUGAAGUGAGCAUGUGGAAGUUAGGUUUUGCAGUAACUCUGAAUUGUCUGUGACAGAAGGCCCUCGCUUCUGUUGAGUUGCUUCCCCGUUCCCUCCUCACCCCCAAGUGGGUCUGCAGUAAUGUAGACGGGCUCAAAAUUGGCCUCUUUGUAGGAGUGUAGGUCACACAGAUGAGAAGCUUUUCUGAGCACAGCUGCCACGACUAGACUGGCGAUGUCAGAGGGAAGUGCCAGCAUUUGGUGAGGGUUCAGUCAUUCUGCUCACUCUACCUCUUGUCUACCUUUUCAAUCUUCUUAUUUUGCUAAUCCUGUUAGACUUGAGAUCACCUGCCAGAUCUCAAGUGGGUGAGCCACGCCCAGAUUUUAUGGAUGUUUUGGUUUCAGCAUGAUCCUGCAAAGGUUUGCACUCUUUAAUGCCUCCCCUACCUCUGUUGUCUAACCUGUGUUACUAAUUACGAAAUACCAUUCUGUGAAAGAGUACAAAUUGAACAAGGCAUCUAUUAAAGUCUUAGAAGCAUUAAAAGAUAAGGCGGACAGCUUUUUUGUAUUAUAUGGCUUGGUUGUUUGCCACUCUGCACUUCUUUUGGAGAAAGAAUGAGACAGAAAUUUAAGGGGGAGGGACACACAGUGAGAACCAUGCUUAUAACACUUGCCAUGUGUUAAAAAACAAAAAACAGCUAAGGUGUUAAAUCUGCAAUUUCUGUGAGAUGGUUUUACACCCUGGUUUGUUGGCAAAACUGUCUACAUGUGUACAAUUAAGUAAGAAAGGACUACUGUUAAUUGCUCUAUGUGGCAUCUAUUACUGGCAGUGAUAAGCUACUGAAAGUAAAAGGUCAUGAUAUAGCUGGUGUGAUUUUCCCCCUCCACCGCACUGGCACAUAGCAUUUUCAGAUGCUUCCACUGGUACAGAGAAAAUCACCAGGCUGCAUGAGGUAGCUGCUGUACACUAUCUGUCUGAAAUAACAGCUGCAGUGAGGGUGAUUUGAAAGUGAUCUCUGUUUGGUAUCAGUAAUGUUUAGACUGGCUAGUGGGUAGCCCUUGAUUAGUAUGCUUUAAUUCAAUUUUACAUGAUCGGGAAUGAACGGAAAAUGUUAAGAACAUUAAUGUAGCUAUAAAAACAUUUAUAUACUGCUAAAUCUUAAAGAAAAUAUCAAAACAGUUCACAGCAACUUUACAUAAAACCGAUACAAUAAAUCCCAUGUAAUGUUUUUGAAAUCAGAGAACUAUUGUGGAAAGGUGUUGCUUUUUUGUUGCCAAUUAAUUUUUAUUGAAUUUUACAAACUUUUAAACAAACCAACAUCAAAUUUAACAUAAAACCAUUUAAAAGUUGUAUUCUUAAGUGCCUAAAAAAGCCUGAUGAAAUAGAAAAGCUUUCAGCAGGCAUUUCAAAGUUGGAACAGAAGGAGCCUGUUGCCUCUCUAUCGGUAGAGUGUUCUGCAGGACUGUGUUUAUGAAACUAAAGGCUAGGUUGCUUGUUGUCAAAUGAGCCUCACCUACUUGGCUAAUGACCAACGAUGCACCAGCAGAUAAUCUCAGUGAUUUUGUUAGAGAGUGUGUGCAGAGGGUGAGUAAGUGAUCCUUGCAGGGUGACCCUGUGCAUCCUUUCUUAAUGCACCACAGCAGCAGAUUUGUGUUGUGUGGCUGGAAAAAUCCUAGGCACCUUGAAAAUUGCUCCUGGUGCUUGAGGAAUUUGAAAUAUUUCCCCUUGAUUCUGUGCUGGGCUGCCUCCUAAAACAGCAACUCCACUCCCCGCCAGGUUGGUGUUUGGAUGUUUUGUAUGGGGUUUGGUCCCAUUUAUGUUAAACAACAAAAACAAAGGGCUGUUCCUGUUUCUGUGACUACAUCUUUUAAAUGGAUGGAUGUCCAAUACAAAUUGUGGGAGGGAGGGGCAAAUGCUCAUCUUUUUCAGUUCUCAGCUAUUGGCUAAAAGCUCAUGCACUCAUUAAAACUGAGGUGACUUAAAAGCGGAUGACAGAUCUGGUUCUCCUUCUUCAAGAAAACUGCUGCAUUAAUCACAGAGGUGUGACGGAAUAUAUUCUUAGCUAUAUCACAUAGCUGCACCAUAUGCACCAUAACCACUAACCCUGGAAUUCCCAACAUCACACUCAAAACCUCCCUUGGCACCUGACAAAAUAUUCUGUCCCAGUUUCUUAAAAUCAUUGCUUUUUGGCUUGCAAGGGUUACCUGCUUUUGUCUGUCUUUUUGGUUGGAGGUGGGUGUUUUGCCUGUUUGUGGGGUUGGUUCUGAGCACCGCCAGUUUUUCUUCUGUGAAAUGGGUAUUUUGUGGUGCCCGCAACAGUUUCUAAAAUUUCCAAAUGUUUCCCUUGGCUCUAAAAGGGGUGUGUGCAUGUGUUAGGAAACCUCUGCCCUGAUCUACCUACUGGGCCUUAGCAAAUGGAGGAAAACAGUCACAAAUUACUAACACUAUACUUGCGUGCAGUGUAACCACUACAUCUUUAGACUGAAUAAGGGAAGCUUACAAUCAUUGCUGUAACAUUUUAUAAGAUGCAUCCAUUGCCCACAGGCACAUGGGUGUAAGUACAUUUUUAAAAGUCCUAAGCAAUAAUUACAAAAAAAAGGCUAAAACCACAAAUCACCUACGUACAGGUGAGCACUCAUUUCAGUAAUGGGUAGUGGUACAAAGUUUUGAAGCUGAAUUAUAUUCUAGGUUGGAGCAGCCCAGAGGUUCAAUGAAAUGGCAGAGGAUGCUAUGAGAAUGCCAUGCCAAGUGUUCUGAAAAAGUGGGUCCUGUCUCUGGGAGUCCUUUGGGAUCAUAUUCAGGGUGGAGUGGGAGAAGGAAAAAGGAGGAAGAAAGUGCAGUGAGAUUCCCUUCCUUUUUUUGUUCAGGGUUUUGAUUUGAAUCACCACAUGAAUCUCUAUAAAAACAGUCGUCUUGAUUAAAAGCUGUUUGCACACAAUGAGUAAGAUAUUGCAUACCUGUUCUGUCCACAAGCUGAGGAGGAUUGCUAGCGUGAGGGAGACUUCUCGGAAGUUUGUUCAUGUAAGACUUCCUCAUGUAACAUGUAUGGGAUGCAAUAUUUGAAUAGGUUGUUGUGUACAGAAUGCAGGCUUGACUAGCACAAGUGGUAUCCCAAGUAAAAUUCAGGUGUCAGCAGUGUGAUCCAAACCUAUACACACCAGAUUUUUAUGCAUGCACACCAUACUGAAGUUACUGUAUAUAGCUUGUGGCUUUUGUAAGCAGCAUGCUGGGAGGAAAGACAAAGUCAGGUGGUGGUAGCUUCCACUUACUGGAGGCGUGGUUUAUGGCUCUGCCUGUUCAUCUCAUCUGACGACUUGAGAGCUCUUGAUAUCAUUUCUGCAAGGUGGUGGUGGUGGUAGGAAGAGGGAAGAUAAACAAAAUAAAUGUCUGAUGUCAAUGUGCCAUUUCACAUUAUGGAUUUUUAAGUUGUGCUUUUAAAAGAUUAUGCAAAUUGGUUGCCGUUCUUGUGCACAGAACAUAUUUCCUGGACCGUCCUAAGUUGCUCAUUCUCCUUGUCUCUUUCGGUCAGGCUGCUUCUAAACUAGCUUUGACUUUACAAAUGUUGACCUUUUUUUGCUAAGCUACUGCAGACAGCUUGGGGUCAGCACAAAGUACUAAUCACAGGAGGAUUAUAAGCAAAACAUUUCAUUGCAUGCCACAUAGAAACCUUAAAAUGGGCAGUGUAUGGUACCAGCAACUUUCUAAUACUUCUAUUGUAUGUGGGUGUCAGAAUCACUACAUAUAUUCACUGUUCAAUAAUAGAACAAAACAAAUGAUGUGGAAGUAGUACAUUUUACUACCUUCAUUUUCAAAACAUCAGUUUGGAUGCAAGCUCCCCUGAUUUACAAUAUCCUUCUAAAUAUUUAGAAUUUGUAUCACUUAAUUCAAAACCUGAAUGCUUCAUUCAGCUUAAUUAAAAACUGUCCACAAUAUUUGCAUAUUUUUGGGUGGUGGUGGGAGGCACACUUUCUAUUCUGCUACUUUUAAUAAUAUCAAAACACACUUGGGUUAAAGCAGGUAAGGUUUGGCAUGUGGAGGAAGAAGCAAGGAAGAGUGUUUUCUUAUCUCUUCAGCAACAGCAAACACAUCAAGUUGUAAGUUUGCCCCUAAGGGAUACAGAAUCUUUUGAUCCUUAUCUCCAGGAAUCCCCAAAAUGCACCCUUCUGAUUUGCAACACAGUGUUGUCGACUCUACUUUAAAAAUUAACAUAAUAUAUGUGUUUAAACAAUUUUAUUUCCUCUAGAGCAGAUCUGUCCAGCCUGUGGGCCCAUUAAGCUGAACGCAGCACAUUAGCUUGCCUCUUGCCUGCCAGCACAGCUGUUUUUGCAACAAAGAAAAGAUUUAUUAAGCCACCCCACAGCUUGUGAUCUACUCUGGUGUGUCACAAACUGUGCAGAUGUGCUCUAGAUUUAUAUGACAGGAAUGAAAUAUGCUUGUACCUUUUUCUUCCACCACCUUGUUAGAAAAAAUGCUUUCUUCUCCUUCCUGGUGCCUGAAUUCUUCGGGAGAAUUGUGAUGAGUUCCUAUGCAUUUACAAUGGAAUUCUCAUCCAUUUCAAUGAAUGGUAUGGUUUCGUGCUUGUACAGUGGUACCUCAGGUUACAGACGCUUCAGGUUACAGACUCCGCUAACCCAGAAAUAGUACCUCAGGUUAAGAACUUUGCUUCAGGAUGAGAACAGAAAUUGUGCAGCGGUGGCGCGGUGGCAGUGGGAAGCCCCAUUAGCUAAAGUGGUACCUCAGGUUAAGAACGGACCUCCAGAACGAAUUAAGUUCUUAACCCGAGGUACCACAGUAAAGGGAAAUGUAUGCAGAACCACUUCUCUCCAGCUGAAUAGAGAUGUGUGCACUUACACUGCUCCAGAACUAAUUAUUUAUUUAUUAUUUAUUUAUUAGAUUUAUGUACCAUCCAUCAUAAGCUCUCAGGGCUGUCCACAGAAUAAAACAAGUAAAUAAGUAAAAUGAAACUGCAAAACAAUAACCCCCCUCCCACAGGCACAUUAAAGAAAGGCUGCAGAAUAUUAAUCAGCCAGUAUUAAUUAAUUAGAUGAAUAUCCAACUAUGUGGAAUGCUGGAAGUCAUCCUGUGUGCCUUACUGUUGCAGCAAGCUGUGGCGAAAAAAAGGACAAUCUAGCCAUGAAUUUCUGACCCCAUUUGAAUAAAUUAAAACAAGGCAGCAGCACCUUUUACGUGACAAUUGUAUGCUACCACUGCACAGUUUGUAAUACCCAGUUGGAAUAAAAAAGGAGUGAAUUUGUUCAGAUAUACUGGUUAUGAGGACAGAGCACUGUUAUAUAGUGAUAUAAGCAACUUAGCUUGCAGAAAUAGGCAACCUGACCAAGGGAGUGCCUGCCUGGGAGUGCAUGGGGAUCAGGAGAGUGAGAGCCUUAUUGUUGGUUGUGCAGUGGUAAACAUGAAACGUGUUGGGAGGAAGGGCUGAUGCAAACAAUUUUGCGCUCUCCUCCAUUCGUUCAAUUGAUGUGAUUUAGAAAGUAAGAAUAGUCUUUGGGUGACGAGACAAAGUCUUUGUUGCUGUUGUUUAGUCGUUCAGUCGUGUCCGACUCUUCAUGACCCCAUGGACAAGAGCAUGCCAGGCACCCCUGUCUUCCACUGCCUCCCGCAGUGUGGUCAGACUCAUGCUGGUAGCUUCGAGAACACUGUCCAACCAUCUCAUCCUCUGUCAUCCCCUUCUCCUUGUGCCCUCCAUCUUCCCCAACAUCAGGGUCUUUUCCAGGGAGUCUUCUCUUCUCAUGAGGUGGCCAAAGUACUGGAGCCUCAGCUUCAGGAUCUGUCCUUCCAGUGAGCACUCAGGGCUGAUUUCCUUAAGUCUGGUAAAUUAAGUAAUGAAAUCUUCAUUGCGAGUAAUUGAAAAGAUGCUUCGGAUGAAUUCACUGUGAUCACAAUUAUAUAUUUAACACUAUUUCAGGCAAGGGGAAUUUUAGCGGCAAAGAAACACCAUCAAUGUUAGCUUUGGCCAAAUUGGCUCACAUGUUAAUGAUGUCAUUCAGACUUGACCCCAUGCAUGCGUACUCACAGGGGAUAUUCCACACUGGGCAGUCUCUGUCAAAGAGUGAGACUUAAAGUGUCACUAACUAGGGAACAUUAAAUGGUCUUUGCUAUACCGCCUGGGUUUAUUUUUUAAUGGACUACUAACAUGACUACCUGCAGUUUUUGUAUAUGCACUUAACAAUGGAUAAUUAUUUUCUCUUUCAGCCUUUCUUUCAGCUUGUAAAGUUACGAAAACUCGGGCUUAGUGAUAAUGAAAUUCAGCGGCUUCCUCCAGAGAUAGCAAACUUUAUGCAGCUGGUAGAACUUGAUCUGUCUCGAAAUGGUAAGCCUGAUUAUAUGAAUACAUACAUCUUCUAUAAGGAAUUGUUUUAAGGAUUGUUCAUGGCGAGUCAAGUUUAAGUACCUCAACACAGAACUGUUUAGCCAAAUCGAACUGCAUUUACUCUCUCCCUACUUGGAAAAGUCAUGGGUUGCAUGUUUGCAUCCCACCCCCACCCCAAUUGAAACCCACACAGGUGAAGGGCUAAACCAGCACAUAGGCUCUAAGCAUUAGUCUUGUUUCCUUCCUAACAUGUUGGCUUACAUGCAUCUUCACAUUUCCAGUAUCGAGUAAUAAGGUUUCCUUCCUGGGUGAUGAAAUAGGCUAGGCCACAGGUGGGCAACCUGUGGUCCACACAGGCCUUUUCUGAAGCCCACCAUGGAAUACCCAUCCCUACUGCCACUCCUGAAUGUUUGUGCUUCCCUCAGCCUGUCCAACAACUGCUUGCCAGACUGCUGGGAGCAAAAUUUGCAUGUGCCGGAAGGUGCAUGGCAGUGGAGUGCAGUGAAAUUUUUCAUAGGGGAACAAUUAGGGCCAGAGGCACUAGCUUGCAAGGGCCGUUGGGGGGGGGGGUGUCAGUGUCAUGAAUAUGAUGUGAUGCAUCUCCAGGGCUCUGGCAGGAUCCUGGAGCUCUUCUGCUUCCUUCUAAAAGUUGGAUGGGCUUUGGGAAGAUGGCAGGACAGAUCUCGGACCCAACAGAACCUCGCACCUCCCUCCGUUAGCUAGGCAGAAGCUUCCCAGGCUUUGGGAAGGGGGCACCAGGGGAACAUUUAGGGCACUACUCUAGUUCCCUUAGUCCAAUGACUGCAAAGCUUUUAAUAUUGUUGUUGUUGUUAUUCCACUGGUACAUGGGAUAACUCCCCCUUUUCACCUUGCUCCCCAUCUCUCUGCCCAUUUCACACAUCUCUGCUUCCCAGUCUUUGGGGAGAACUGAGAAGCUAGGCAGGGAGAGAGAGGUGCAUGAUGGGAUUGCUGAAAUCCCCCCCACAUGCCUCUGGGCCAUAAAGGUUGCCCGCACCUUGUCUAGACGUUCUAUUGAUUGCACUGAGGCCCCUUGAAACUGCCUCUUUGAGCUGCCUCACUUGUCACUGUGGCAUGUAGAGGUUUUGCCACUUCCUGUGGGAGACCAGCUGCUAGGAGGCUGAAGUGCCAGAAGAAUGGGGAACUUUCAUGUGAUGCCCAAAUACAAUGCCUUGAUUGUUCUGUGUGCUAUGGUAGAUAAGAAAAAGGCAAACCAUUAUGGGAAUGGUAGUUUUAAGCUGUCUCCAUGAAGCAUAUAGUGCAGACAAGCCUAUAGUAUCAACAUUUUGGCAUUGGGGAAUAAUGUUCUAGCUGGAAAAAUAACUUGGGUGGAACAUUAUUGGGUUGAAGGUGCCAAGUAUCUGACAGUGGCGAAGAUUACCUUCAUUGAGAUACUCCAGCAGAGCGCAGUACCUUAAAAAAAAUAAAAAAAAUUCUGCUGUUGAAACUACAUAACAUGUUUCCAGUAUCUGUUUUUGUAAAGACUUUGUCAAGAGAAGUUUGACAUUUGCAGAGGUCUGUCUUAUAAAAAAAUAUUAAAAUUUGUAUGGAGAGGCAUCACUCACAUGCUCAAAGGGUAUGGAUAGACAGAAUGAUUGAAAUUAGCAGUCUGAAGAGAGGCUGCCAUGAGAGAAAGGAAAGAGGCAUGGUAAUAGUAUUCUCUGUAACUGGUAUAAACACAGCUAAGGAACAUAGUUGUGGAUCAGGAAGUCCCUGUUCUAAAAUCUGAAUCUAUUAUUAACUCGCUAAAUGACUUUAGGCAAUAUGGAGGAUAAUAGUACUGGCUUAGGGUGGGGAACUAGAUCAUUAUUUUCCCUACCCUUCUUGGGCCAAGUUAGACAGGUGAGCUGUUGGGUGAUCAUUUGCCAGUAUAGGACUUGCAGAGCAUUGCACAAGAUGGAGCUUUGUAAGGGGCUUCUAAAGACCUGACAAUUAGGAAAAAGCAUUUCAGCUUAGCCAUGUUUUUACCUGCCCAGCAGAUGAUGGUGGGUGGCCAUGGCUUGACUUGAAAUGGACUUGAGAGCCAAGUGGGGAGGCCAUGUGUGUGUGUCUCACUGGGCCUGUUGGGUUAUUGUACCCCUGUUGAGUUACUGUACGAUUUACAGCAAGAGAAUGGAAGCGAAGCACUUUGGAUGUGUAAAAAAGCUCAAGUCAAAUGACAGCAUUGCAAUUGCUACUAUUCUUUUGUUAGUUCCACAUAGGUAUUAGGCUGUCGCAUUGCAGGGGUCCCUUCCUUGAGUCUUUUAGAAUAAGUCAAAAGAUUCUAAGCCUGCAUGUUCAGAGGACCAUUCUGUAAGGGUCUCUCCAAACUUCAGUCUCAAGCUAAGUCAAGCUAGCUGGAGACAGCUGCCACACCCCUCCUGGCAAAACAAAAUAGGUCUGGUUUCUUUCUUGUUCUUGGCAGCUUACUGCUGCUGCUUAGGGAAGCAGUGGCAAAAGCAGGGGUUGUACAUGCAAGAGCAGCAAGGCCUCAGACCUUGGAAAACCCUAAUUAUGGGGAAACAGAAGCUGCUCUUUCGAUUCUUGGCUGUGCCUCAGUAUCUCCAAAACAACUUCUUCCUUACUAUUAAGUGUCUGUAAGGUUUAAGGAUGUGUGUUAUUCUUUUUCAGUGUUGUCCUUUAUGCUUGGAGUUUUAAAGUGUUUGUCCAGCCUACCUCUCCCAGAGAUAUUGCAGCAGUUUUAGUUUUUUUUUUAAUUUAUAGAAUUAUUUAAAGGCCACCCUUCUGAGCACAGCUCACUCAAACAGACUUCCAUCUCAUGAAAACAACACUAGAAUGUGUCCUUCCCACUCCAUAGAUGUUGGGUUGCCCAUUUGAUCAUCUAAAUGUCUACUUUCAUUGUCCCUUCUCUUCCAAAGUGUUUACAGCAAGGUGGGAACCCAGUCACAAACACUAUGUUGGGGCUUUAAAGGCCUGAAACUGAGUGUCCUGUCUAUUGUGAACAGAGUGAUACAUAUCUCCUAAAAAGUUGAACCUAUUGCUUUCCCAAGCACUAUUUGUCUUUCAGUAUUCUUGGUGUUUUGCUGCAGAGUGAUAAGGAGUGAUUUCACAAAAAGCUGAGUGAGCAGCUAAGAUAGACUACGGUACUUUUUGUUGAGCAUUUGCUAUGUUCCACACUCUCACUGUAAGACUUUCCCAUUGCUAAGUGACUCUUUGAUACUGUCAUACUGGAAUCAUUGGCUGUUUCUAAAUUACCUGCCUUUUUAAAGCAUUAAUCCUGGUUUGUUGACACAAAGUUUCUGGGGCGGUUAUGCAACAUCCACCGUUGGUUGAGCAUUCAUUCUGAUUUGUUUGUGGGGAGGUUAUACAAAGUCACAUGAAACACUUGUUAUCCUAUGAUUUCUAGUGUUUUCCCCUGGGACUUUCCAAUUUUUAUUUUUGGAAGUGGCUUUGUUAUGUAUCGUGGAUUUGCUGGUAUGUGGUUGACUCCUACUGAAAAAUAACAACAGUCUAGAAGUGACCUUCAAUGAGCCAUCACAAACUCAGUCACUUUUAUUUUCUAAUUAAGUGGGACUGCUGUUGUGUGUGUAAGGAUUGUAGUAGUAUGUUUCUUAACAGGUCAACUCCAUAGCUGAAGUGUGAUGGAGUAAAUGUUGAUUUAUAGGUUUACUGUUCAAUGUAAAUAUAAAGGAUGAAGAAGUAGGUAAUGCGGAUUAAUUAUUUCUUGCACCUCCCACUUUUUAAAAAACCCUGGAAAAAAAUCUUCCUUUACAGGUUUCUCAGGUAGCAUUAUGACAUAUUGCAUGCAAGGGUGUGGUAUGAAAGUUAGCUAUAUUUGUUAAUACUGAACCACUUUUAAAAAUAUGCAAAUAUUUACACACAUUUGCAAACAACUAGAAGAGUAACUGAAAUGUUCAAGUUCUAAGUUCAACACCUGGUAGAAUGGCUAACAUUAUCUAUUCCAUCUAGCUUUAUUGAUUUAGAGUUUGUUGACUUGCUUUCAUUGUUCUUAGAGCUUGUGUUUUCCUUUUUUAUUAUGCACACUCUUUUGAUGAUUUCCCCCCCUGUAAAGUGGCCUAUAAAUUUGUUGCUUAAAAUAAAUUUAUCGGGACUGCUACAACAUCUAUAUAUGCUGAAGAACAGGGUUGGAGAAUUUCUGACCAAUGAGCCAGAUGUUGCCAUCUCUGCCUUGGAUUCAGCUACAGUUUUCCUUCCUCAGCCCAACCCCCAUGCACCAAUUAAGCUUAGAAAAAAGGACCCCAUUUAUGCAAACAGGGACCAUUUUAUCUAAACCUAAUUGCCCUAGGAUGGCAGUGAUGAUUUUCAGGGUGGCAGCCACUGGGGAGAGAGGAGGGUUAAGCCCUCCCUGCACACAGUGGUCCCCUCUGAAGAUUCCCCCCUGUUAGAUAUGGAGGAAAAGGUUGCAUUUUUGCCAAUGGAAGUUUUCAUGCUGAAUCCCCUUUCCCAACCAAGUAGGCUCAGGGGUAAAGUGUGGGUGAGAGGAGGAGGGAUGGUGUGGGCAGGGGGGAAAAAGAGAGAGAGAGAGAUGACUUGGCAGUGGAUGAGUGGUAUGUGUGAAUGUAGCAACUCGUGUGUGUGUGUGUGUGUGUGUGUGAGAGAGAGAGAGAGAGAGAGGCCCCAUUAGCUAAAGUGGUACCUCAGGUUAAGAACAGUUUCAGAUUAAGAACAGAGCUCCAGAAUGAAUUAAGUUCCUAACCCAAGGUACCACAGUAGAUGAAUGUGGUGUGUGUAUGAAAUCGUAUGAGAAGGAGACAAUGAGUGGGGUGACUUCAAGUCCACACAAUUGUGGCUUUUGCUGAUUCAUCCAUCUAAAAUGGUAGAACUUGGAAGUUGUUUGGAAGUGGUGCAAUGCAGCUUAGGAAGGGCAUUUGGGGAGGUGAUAGUCAUACAGGGCACCUAUGCUGGGUUAGUUUUUUCCUAAGCCCAUAAAGCCCAUAUACCUUUCUCCUCUGAAAUGCAUAGCCUAAUAAUGAUAACUUGGCAGAGUCUGCAGGUUUUUUGUAUUUUUUUGUUUUAAACUGCUCUCAUUUGUCCUUAAUGUAAAUGCGGUAAGUCGUCAUGACCCAUCAUUAUGUAAUUUUGCUGUACAAAUAAGCUAACAUUUUAAGCGCAGUUUCAAACUUCUGCCAGAGCAGAGUGGCUGUGCAGAGAAAAGAAAACUUCAGCCUCUGCUUAUAGGAACCUCACGGGAGGGAGGGAGGGGGGGUGAAGAAUAUGAAGCACAAUGCAUCUCUGUGCACACAGCCAUAUUUACACGCCCCCCGUCCCUCCUUUCUUGCCUCAGUGCCUCAACUCAUAACGUCUAGCAUUUCACUUGCAGUGAUUAAAGCAAAGUUAUAUCAAACUCGGUAGCAUUUUAGUGAAGCAGUGUGAAUAACUAGCAUUACAUUAUGUUCCUAAUUAAACUUGUACACUUCUUUAAGAUUAGACUUUUAAGAUCAGCUAUGGGUACAAUUCAUAUUUGAAGCUGUGGCAGCAAAUAAUGAGAAGACAACUGUGCCUAGAAAAUGGAAAAAGGCAUAAUCUUAGGCCUUGCCUGCUGUACAUCCACCCCUAUACAGUGGUACCUCUGGUUACGUACUUAAUUCAUUCCGGAGGUCCGUUCUUAACCUGAAACUGUUCUUAACCUGAAGCACCACUUUAGCUAAUGGGGCCUCCUGCUGCUGCCGCACUGCCAGAGCACGAUUUCUGUACUCAUCCUGAAGCAAAGUUCUUAACCCGAGGUACUAUUUCUGGGUUAGCUGGGUUAACUGGUAACCUGAAGCGUAUGUAACCUGAAGCGUAUGUAACCCGAGGUACCACUGUACCAUUUUAACAGUGAUGGUUAAAAUGGCACAUUGACUCUUGGCAACUGUUGUUCAAGGGCGAUGGAAACUGUAACUCUUCGAGGUGUCUCUUAACACCCCUUAAUAAGCUACAGUUGUCGGGAUUCUUUAAGGGGAAACCGUGACUAUUAAAGCAGUACAAGAGCGCUUCGAACAUAUGGUGUGCAUGUGACUUUAUAUGCAGAAGGCUGCUUGCUUGGUUUUCUCGCUUCAGCUGGCCUAACAUUCACUGACAAUGUGCCUGUUUGCGCUGUCCUGUGUCACAGAGUUUAUAUAGCCUUGUUGUUCAGCAGUGUCUGUGUACUGACUGUUUGCCAGAGCAUCUGUAUGUCACAUGUUUAUAGAGCAGCAUUCAUUGGUGUUCAGGGCUGGGUAUUCCAGGGGAUUGGAACUGGUUAACAAUGAGUGUUAGAAAUUAAUCUUCAUAUUUAGCUAUCAUGCAAGCGCAAAACUUAAUGUAAGUCAGACUAAACAUUCAGGGGAAAAAACCUUUCUGACCAUAAGAGCUGUUUGGCAGUGGAACAGACUCCCACCAGAGGUGGUGUUCUCUCCUUCCUCGGAGGUUUUUAAGCAGAGGUUGGAUGGCCAUCUGUCAUGGAUGCUUUAGCUGGGAUUCCUGCAUUGCAGGGGUUUGGACUAGAUGACCCUUGGGGUCCCUUCCAGCUCUGUAAUUCUAUGUUUUUUUCUGCUUCAGAAAUAUUUUGUUAUGUUCCUAUCAUCUGCUGCUUCUGGUUGGUUGGGGGAGUGUGUGUGCGUGUGUAGAUUGAUAUUGUCCUGCCCUGCUUUUAUUGUCCAGUCUACUUUAUUUUGCAAUUAAAUUAUAAUGGCAAUCUAGAAUAUAUACAGCUCCACCUUUUUAAACCUUGUUGAGAAUCUCCUUGCCCUCUGCUUCCCAUUCCACCUCCAAGGAAUCUUGUGUGGUGUCCCUGAGUGCAAAUUGACUUUUCUUUUGAGGUUGGUGUCAAAAACUGACUUGGUUCUUCAUGGCUGUGAUUAUGCUGCAUUCCUCUUUCCAAGCUACUAAAACAGUCAGAGGCUUGUUUUCCUUUUCACCUAAACGGGAAUUGCAUGCAACUUUAGCUGUGUUUAACACUGCCAAGGGUGUGUUAACAUGAGGGGAGAGAAAAGGGUGAUGUAAAACACAAUGCUAGUGGAGCCACAAUGGCUUGUUCAUUUUGGAUUCCACUGAAAUCCCUAAAUGAUAGGUCUAUAUAUAAAUGCAAACCAAUAUCUAUCAUUGCUUUUAGAAAGAUAUUUACCAGACAGUAUCUUACAAAGUUGUAUUGCUUUGUAGGAUCUAAAAUGCACUGAAGGUGGUAUUUGCUCAUUAUUCAGAGCAGACCCAUUGAAAAUAAUGGGCCUAAUUUAGUCAGGUUCAUUCAUUUCACUGGGUCUGCUCUAAGUAAAGCUGAGUUGAAUACCAUUCUUUGAUUCUGAAACAGAGAUGGUAUGGUAGAUUCUUGGUUGCUGUUUCUUACUCUUUGUUUUCUCCCUUGCAGAUAUUCCUGAAAUCCCUGAAAGCAUUUCCUUCUGCAAAUCAUUACAGGUAGCAGACUUCAGUGGGAACCCACUCACCAGGUAAUCUUCAUAAAAAGGAGUGAAUGGUAAAAUUGCAAAAAGUGUUCAGGUCUUAGAAGUCUUGUGUGUAAAGGUAAUCUUCUAUUUUGCUUGAACUUGACAGUUUUCUGUUGUGCCCUUCCUCUGCAGGAGCCCAUGGUGGCAUAAGAAGAUCACAAAAUACAAUAAUAAAACUUGAUGGCAGAAUCCAACACUUUGCUAAAUGGAAGCAUGCAUGUGGGGAACAAGAUUCACUUGCAAUACUGGACUUGCACCCCUCUCUUCCUCUCAUGCCUUCCUCAACCUGUUCUGGGGUUCCACUAACUUCCUGAUUGAAAUAGACUUAGAGUGGUAAAGGGGGUUGAAGUCCCGUUGUGCAAGUGGAUCUCAUUCUGCAUACAAAACUGCUUUGUUGAAUCCCUUCAAAGGUAGCUCUAUGUGGGGCUACCUUUGAAGGUGACCUGGAAACUACAACUAAUCCAGAAUGCAGCAGCUAGACUGGUGACUGGGAGCAGCCGCCAAGACCAUAUAACACCGGACUUGAAAGACCUACACUGGCUCCCAGUACAUUUCCGAGCACAAUUCACAGUGUUGGUGCUGACCUUUAAAGCCCUAAAUGGCCUCGGUAAAGUAUAGCUGAAGGAGCAUCACCACCUCCAUCGUUCUGCCCGGUCACUGAGGGCCAGCGCUGAGGGCCUUCUGGUGGUUCCCUCAUUGCGAGAAGCAAAGCUACAGGGAACCAGGCAGAGGGCCUUCUCAGUAGUGGCACCCGCCCUGUGGAACGCCCUCCCCCCAGAUGUCAAAGAGAAAAAUAACUACUAAACUUUUAGAAGACAUCUGAAGGCAGCCCUCUUUAGAGAAGCUUUUAAUGUUUAAUAGGUUAUUGUAUUUUAGUGUUUUGUUGGAAGCCGCCCAGAGUGGCUGGGGAAACCCAGCCAGAUGGGCGGGGUAUAAAGAAUAUAUUAUUAUUAUUAUUGAAAAAUAUGAAAUGAAAAGUGGAUGGACCACUUUUUGAAACACUUUUUGAAACAAUGACUGCUACUUUAAAAACAGAAUUGAUGAAUGGUGGGAAGGCCAUUAACCUUUUGGCAAAAGCCAGUGAAAAAUUUGACAUUUCUAUGCUGCUUAAUGCAACCUCUUUUUGUGGCAGUGAACUGUUGGUGUGUGUAUUGGCAACUGUGUUUCUUUUGUCUGUGCCAAAGACCUGCAUCCCCCAGAAUAAUAUGGAACACUGAAUCAGAUGAUCUUACACAGAAAAGAAUUGGGGGGAGGGAAUGUGAGAAGCCUCUCAAGAACUAUUAAUGAUUUGUGAGACUGCUCAGGCAUGUGGGCACACACCACCUCUAAACCGAGGCCAUUAUUUUUUUUAAGACUGUAGCAGCUGGUGGAAAUUAAUGGCUGAGCGUGAUGCAUAAAUGCUGAAGGAAAGUGAACAGAUUUCUUCAGGAACCUCUGUGCUACUUUUUGCAUGGCUUAGUGUGCUUCAUCACAGGAUACAAAAUACGGGCACCUCAUGACAAUUAUGAAUGGCUGCUGUUUUUCUCAGCAGAAUGCAAGCAAUUAUAUAUGUCUGGGGGGGAUGUCUGCUUUGUGCAUUUUAUCAAGGAAAAAUGGCAGUUUAAAUGUGCAGCACGUGCUGCUCAGAACGAUGCAAGGGAUUAAUAUUUGUAAUCUGUUCCAGAAUACAAAAUCUCAAGUGAGAAUGGGGCAAGCUGAUCAUAUUCUGCCUUGGGUGGUCCAUUAUGCUGCCUCAUUGCUUUUUCAGCCCCUGAACAUUUGCGCAUUACGAUUGAGGCAAGCAGUGCAGCCUUAGUUAAGCUGCAAUACUUCCUAUUCUGUUUAUCGAUCCCAUCAACAACUAACUGCUUCCUGUUUAACACACAACAUACAUUUAGACAAGAACAGAGGCUGUUUAUCGCCUCCUAAGGGGCUAAUUAUUUACAUGGAGAAAGUGAUGUUAAUCUUUCUUUCACUGCAAUUAAGCCUUGAUUGAACUAGAGGAUCGUGAGAGAUGAUAUCUAAUCUGCAGCAGAUUCUUGUAUUGAAAUGAGCUCCUGUGAAUGACAGCCAUCUUCCUCACAUGCAGGGCUAAGAAAAGAAGACACAGCAGCUGAUUGAUGUUUGCCUUUUGUCAGUCUAGUUGGAUUCAGUGUUGUGGCUCUGCUCCACUUUAAUGAACUAUUGAUUUGUUUUUUUAAAAAAACAGCAUGUGCUGUGUGCCUUGUUGCAGGCCAAGCUGCCUGGUAGUAAAGAGAGAGAAGGCUUUAUUUUUUUCCUCUUUGUCCUUGAGAAAACAGUUGUAUGAUGAAAGCAAUCCAAAGGAGGUGGUGGGAAGAAAGGCCUUUCCAACAACAACACAUUGGAGAAGAAAAUAUAUGUUCACACACACACACACACACACACACACAAGAUUAACUAAACUGAACCACUUAGCACAAUUUAGAUGAUUUACUUUUUCCAUUUGUGUUUGGACAAACUGGCAUUUUGGUUUUAAGGAUUGCACUGGAAGAAUAGCAGAGCAAAGUUCAACUCCUAGCUGUUGCAAUGUAAACCAUGCAGUGCUUCUCCAUGGCAAGAUGCUGAGGAGAGAGAGAGAGGGAAAUGUCCUUUUCUGCUGUCCUUGGCUGAUCUGUACUUUCAUUUUUCUAGGUUGCCUGAAAGCUUUCCUGAGCUGCAGAAUCUAACAUGUCUUUCUGUAAAUGAUAUCUCUCUACAAGCAUUACCUGAUAACAUUGGAAAGUAAGUUCAUUUUAAAAUAAAAUAAAAAAUUGAUGCCUGAAAUUUGUCAAUGGUGGAUUUUGUGCAUAAGCCUAAAUACCUGUGAACAUGGUAUAGAAAACUGGUUGUUUUUUCCUCAGGAUAUUUUGCAAGUAUCUUUUAGGUCAUCUAGAGCUGGGGUAGCAUGGCUAUGAGGUAAGCUGGCAAUUCUUCAGUUCAAAUUUGCAUCCCACCAUCAAUUCAUUAAUGGCUUUUAACCCUUAUUUUAAUGCAGAAUUCUCCUCUUGUAUGAAGAAAGUCUUCUCUCUCUCUCUCUCUCUCUCUCUCUCUCUCUCUCUCAACAUAUGUGUACAAACACAACACUUCAGGCUGGAAGAAUGGCUUGUAUAAAAACUCACCUAAAAUUCAUAAUCUGCCAAGGAGUCCAAUUCACUUUGUUGCGUCUUCAAAUACUUUGUGAAAGGUUCCCAUUCAUCCUUAAAGUCACAGUUAUCCUUGUCCCGUAGCUUAUAUGUCAAUUGUGCCAGUUCUGCAUAAUCCAUCAAUUUUUCUUGCCAUGAUUCUUUGGUUGUCACAAUUUUUAAUGGACCAUAGUUUUCUGCUACAUCCAAACAUGGGAAACUGUUAUAACUACAUUUGGUUCAGACUAAUCAAACUGUGGUUUCAGAUUCUGGUUGAUUAACUGCCUAGAACAAACCAGUUUCCAAUAUUUGAAUGUAAUGGAAAACUAUCUAAAGCUGUUAUCGGAAGCUUUACCGACGCAACCCGCCCAUAGAGCAGAGUUGAAGACCACCUUGUUCCAACAGGCUUUUGGGAAUUGACUGCUUUAAAUGAAAGGGCAACUGCUGUGCUGUUUUUAUUGCAAUUAUGUUUUAAACAGCUUUUAUGUAUGUAUAUAGUUUUUAUUUUAUCAAAUUUUAAUUGUCUUUUGAUGCUUGUUUCUUGUAUGUUUCUUUCUUUCUUUUAAUCUGUAAGCCAUCUUGAGUCCCAUCAGGCAGAAAGACAGGGUAUAAAUAAAUAUAUAAGAACUCUAUAUAAUAGUUCAUAACUAAGCAAUGCUUAGUUGAUCAGCUUUAUGUGGACACUAGUAUCUUAAAGUCUUUGAACUGUCUCGAAAAUACGAAGUUCCAUAUCUUAAAAGCAGCAUAUGUUUCAAAAAAAAUUCCCCUAGAUUUAUAUAAAACUGCCCAAUAACUUGUUUUUCUGGGUGGCCAACCAUAUAAAAUACCACAAGACAUUAAAAAACCUUUCAUAAAAUAAAAGCAUUUAGCAGAGGGUUUCCCAAACUUGGGUCUCUAGCUGUUUUUGGACUACAAUUCCCAUCAUCCCUGACUAGCUAGAGAUGGUGGGAGUUGUAGUCCAAAACCAGGUGGAGAUGCAACUUUGGGAAAUCCUGAUCUAGCACAAUUCAGGAUUCCAGUAUCUAUUGGAUCCAUUUCCUGGGCCUUUUGAUCUUCAUCUGACAUCCUCCUCCACUUGCCCCCUUAGGUAAGUUUGGAGGGUGGGGACAAGAGGAGAGGACCUUAUCAGUUGUGGCUUCUCACUUGUUGAAUGUUCCUCCUCAGUUAGAUCUGCCUGGGUCCAUCAUUAACAUUCAUUUGGUUACCUGGUGAAAAGCUUCUUUCUCCUCCCAGCCAUUUUAUGAUAAUUUAUGAUAAAAGUUCUAUUGUUUAUUGCUAGAUGUUGCCUGCUGCUGAAGUUUUAUUUCACUGGGUUUAUAUAAUAAAAGCAGAGCAAACAGCCCCCUUAACCUACAUAUAUGCACAAAAAGUAUCUAUAAAUACACUUGGCUAAUAUUUUAAAUCAAUAACACCUUCAAGAAAAAGAUUACUGCCUUUGUGAACUCAGGGAGUCGAAGCACUUUUUAACUUCCCAUUGCAAUUGUUGAUUUUAGUACUUAUUGAACCGAAAACAGAAUUCACUUCUAUAAAAUUAGAGGUUCUCCAUAGGUAGAACAGAGGGAACAUGAAGCUUAAAAAAACUUUUGUUCUUUUUGCUUUCAUCUUUUGAUAAUUGUUUUCUUUUACAUAAUGGGCGCGUAGUUAUGCCCACGUACAAACUGAGGGGGCCUGAUUCAACUCGCUGUAAAAAUAGCGCAGUCCCCUGACCUUCAGGAAGCACUUAAAAUCUACUUGGUAACUUUGGUAUCACUUUUUGUUGUACAAUGAAUAUGAAUCAGUAGUUUGUUCUGUGUGUGCAUGUGUGUGUGCACACACGCUUAUGGGCUGGCAUUCAAAAACAUGAACCAAUUAUGUGUAAUGUAUGUUAAAUACAAAUGACACCUGCAAAUAAGCAUACAGAAUUGAAUACAGAAAAAGGGGAAACAUGGCAAGAAACGUGAUUAAAUAUAUAUAUAUAUACGCAAAAUAUAUCCCAUACAUUAUAUUCAGUUAUUAUAUCUCAUGCUCUAGCUGCAGUUCCCUGUCUAUUUACAGAGGAAACUGGAUAUGGUUUAAAAUUAAGUGGGUAGGACCCUUGGCCUCCCUCUGUUAUGUAUGCUGGAACUGCUUGUAUGAUCAGGUUUCAAUACAUUAUACGUGAUAGAUUAUUAGUAGAGUACUGGUUAAGUUGUGUGACAGCUUGUUCCAGAUAUCUGGAAAUCUGCCUGUACUGCGGAAGAGCAGUACAACUGAUAAUAUAAAUUAUUCUUUUUAAAUCUGUGACCCACAGCAAGUAUUUAUCAGGAUUCAGUGCUCUGACAGCUAGGUAUUUAGGUGCAGUUGGGUAUGGUGGAAGCUUCCACUGUUUGGGGGAUAUAGAGAUCUUGCUCUAAAACAGCUCUAGGUCUCCGGGAGUCUUCUACCUUUUUCACUUCUAGCUAUUGAAUCUGUUCUUUUAGCCUCUUCCUCUAUUCACUUUGCACUUCACAAAUUUCUCAGGUGCAUGGCAGGCUGAUUGUUAUCGUAUUUCCUAGGAAUUUGGGAAUUCUCAGGAUGUUGAUUCUUCCUGGGGAAGGUUGCGUACUAGCUAACCCCUGGAAUGCCACGUGGAAUUUCACUUCUGGGGUUCCUGUGAAGCCUGGAACUCUAGAGGACUAUGGUUCUUAUCACUGGUAGCUUUUUUUGAUAGUGCUAUAGAAGCAAGAGUUUUAAUGUCCUAUUUGUUUAUUAUUAUAAUUAGCAGUUCAUCUCUGUUCCCACCCUGCUUUCUUCCCUGUAGCAAUUCUGGAACAGAGUCAUCAUUCAUUCAGACCAGUCAUUUACAGGGCUGCAAUACAUAAAUGGGGGACGCGGGUGGCACUGUGGGUUAAACCACAGAGCCUAGGACUUGCCGAUCAGAAGGUCAGCGGUUCAAAUCCCCGUGACGGGGUGAGCUGCCGUUGCUCGGUCUCUGCUCCUGCCAACCUAGCAGUUCAAAAGCACGUCAAAGUGCAAGUAGAUAAAUAGGGACCGCUCCGGCGGGAAGGUAAACGGCGUUUCCGUGCGCUGCUCUGGCUCGCCAGAAGUGGCUUAGUCAUGCUGGCCACAUGACCCGGAAGCUGUACGCCAGCUCCCUCAGCCAAUAAAGUGAGAUAAGCGCCGCAACCCCAGAUUCGGCCACGACUGGACCUAAUGGUCAGGAGUCCCUUUACCUUUACCUUUAAUACAUAAAUGGGGAAAAUAAAGACAGCAGUACAAAUAGCAAAGGCAGCAAGUAUAUGGGGAUAGAAAAACAUACAAUUGUAGAGGCACAGUAUAUUAUAAUAUACUUGCUUCAUACACCGCACAGUACAUUUUGCUCGACUUAUAAGUAUGUGUUUCAUGCAUACCUACAGGACAGCUUUGCUGAGCCACAGUAACUAAAGAUACUGCUUGCUUCUUCAGUUUCUUGUAUCGGACAAACUGAAUUCUCGCCUACCAGAAUGGUAUAGGAAAACCGAAUUAUAAAUGUCUAGCAGGAAAUAGAUAGGACUGUGCACUUCUAUACAUACCCAGGAUAGCUGGACCUCAGCUUCUAGUUAUGGUUUAGCUGCAUUAAUAGAUAGCUACAUUACUUUCGAAAUAUUUGAAUGAAGCCAGCAUAUUUUAAGCACUGCUCUGAUUUGAAACUGCGCCAGCAACUUGGUUCUUCUGAAAAGGGCAUGUUUUGGAAUGUAGCCCCCACAGGCUUCUAAUUGAUCCCAUACUUAAAAGUAGAAAAGACAUCUGGAAUGCCGAGGGAGAAAAACAACAAUUGUAAUUACUUCAGAAAUUGCAUACUCCUUGUGUUGGCUUGGCAAUAUUUCUUGCAUGGAAUUUAUACUUGAACACAGCUUUGAAACACUGGACGUUUGGUGGGAAAACGUUGGGGUUUUGCCUCGCAAAAUGUGUACAUACUGUAGCAGUAUACCUUGCACCCCCCCAAAAAAAGAGGUAAUAGUGAAUGAUACACCUAUAUGUUACUGUGGAACACCCCACUGUUCUAAGUUCACAAUCCCAUGGCGUGAACUGAAAUCUUGGCCCAGGGAGUUGUGCCAGCAUAGCAGCCUGAGAUUAACACCAUUGUGCUUUCAACAGAGGUAAUGUACAGUUUGAAGGACCCUGUGUGAGAGACAGGGAAGGGGAGAUAUCCCAGGGUGAGAGACUGGGAGAAGAGAGGGAUGCUCCAGGUGGGAGCUGGGAAGACACAUCUUUUUCUGUAUGAGACAAAAGUUAAGGUACAUUGUGAGAGAGGAUUUUGUAUUCUUCAAUCUCUUCCAUCUUUUUUCUCUUCUCUUCUCUCCUUUUAUUAUUCUUUGUGUAGAUUAGCUGGUCUUUUAUUGUAUAGUGAAAAAAUGCAAUAAAACUUCAUUUAAAAAACAAACAAACCAGAGGUGAUGUCAGGAUAGUGUCUACUCAGCUGUCACAUGACACGAAAAUGGCCAGGGGGGGGGGGCAGAGCUGGAAUGUGACUGCAGAAGUCUCAGAUGCCAUUCUGAGGUUUCCUUGGCCACCACUGAGACAGCUAUGAUAAUGUAAUCCUAUGUGUGUCCAAGUGGUUUCCGUGGAAUUCAGUCUACAAGGAACGUAAGAGGGCAUGGCUGGCCUAGACAUAUUCCUAACCACUGUCACUUUUGAGUACAGUGACAAUGCAUUUCAAAGGGUGGCUAUAGUGUGAAAUUGCAACCAAAUUCUACGCGUGAAUUUGACUUUAUUCAGUAGCGACAGGGAGGUCUCUUUCCCGCUACACUAUGCAGUUAAUUCUCUUUAUGUGUUGUUAGCAUAACAGUGUUGCAGACCAAACUUCUACCUUUGCAUCUCACAGGCUUAUGGCUGCAGUGUUGGUGACCCCUCCCCUCCCCACUUUUACCCGUGUAUUUAUCUGCUAAGUGAAGUAAUAUUUCAUGCAUCUGACCAGCUUUGGCUGUAGCCCAUGAAAACCUACGCUUACAAUAACAUUGUUGUUCUUUACAGUGCCACAGAGCCCUUCGUUGUGUCUUUCUGCAAAAGUGACUAGCAUGGCUGCCCCUCUGGAAUUUAAGGCAGAGGCAGCUAUGAUGCAGAAAAUAUGGGCAUGCAUUUCUGUUUUUUGUUUUUGUUCAGGGAGGUUGGAGGAUUAAGGCAGAUUACAGCGUUGGGAUAAUGUCCGAUACCUUGUGUUCCAUUUGGUCCUAAAUAAAACCCUGGCCAGGGUGGGGGAAUUGUUUGUUACUAUGGUGAUGAUAGGCUUUUACUAUGAUGGGAAGUGAGUGGAAAGCUUAGCUUAGUCGUGUAAUGCCACUUACAAUGAUGAACACUCCAUAAAUGGGAAGUUAUGGAUAGCUGGAGAUGCGCUGAACCAAUAAAUGCAGUUUGUAUACCAAAGGCAUGUUUUCUUUAAUUGAAAAAAAGGGGGGAAGCUUUACACACUGACGCCUAACCAGUGACACAUCCAGGCAAUUCAUCAUUUUCUUCUUGUCUCUACUCCACCACUCAUUCAAAAAACAAACAUUUUCAACUUUGAAUUUAAGUGUGUGAGUUUUCAUCCAUUGUCUGGGUACUCAUUUUAAAACCACCAGUUUUGUUUAAAAUAGGUUCUCAUUUGCCUUAACACAUUCUCAUGGCAAGAGUUUGUCCUUAUCUAUGUGUUCCAGAUUUUAUUAAUCUACACAGAUUCACUAAUAGCAUUAGUUUUCUUUUAGUGUUGAGUUAUUGGUGUCUAAGCAAUGUGAAACAUGAAAUGGAUCAGUCUUUUGCAAGUUGUAAUAGCACUGUAAGGAGGUGAAAGUCCAGGUUUUUCCUUAAUGUUUUUUAUUGAUCUCCGUCCCAACAGUUUGAGUGAUGUGUAUCCACCAGUGCCUUUUCUUGUUAUUGUGAUAUGUGGAAGGUCUCCCUACACAUCCAUAUAAGUAAAUGAUCUUGUAUUUGCCAUUUACUCUUCAUGGCUUUUGAAGUGGGCAUGAGUCCAUGAAAAAGAUUAUGCCAUAAUCUUUAAGAUGGUGCCAUAAGACGCUUUAUUUUUGCUGCAAGAGACUAAUACCGCUACCCCUUUGGAAAUUAUUUUUGAUGUUCUUUUUAAACAAAGACAAAGGAUUAAUGAGGUUUGUUUUAUCUUUUUUAGCCUUUAUAACCUGGCAUCACUGGAAUUAAGAGAGAAUCUGUUGACAUAUUUACCUGAGUAAGUUGUUCGUUUUAAGUUUGUUUUGCAUUCAUGGCAUGAAUUGCAGCAUUUCUGCCUCACUUUCUUUCUCCAAGCCCAUUCUUUAAAUGAGUCAUUCGGUACAAAGAGAUGGCGCUGGAAUGCAACAUUUUCAUUAGCAUCUUUUAAUUUAAUUUGUGUGAAUGUUAUUCAACAAUUAAGAGGGGAAUGUCCUAGCCCUAAUGCUAAUAGGCUGCUUUUAAAGCUAUGUGUACAAAAUACACUAUUCUUGUUUUCCUAGGUCAGUUGCCCAGCUGCAGAGACUAGAAGAGCUAGACCUAGGGAACAAUGAACUUUAUAAUUUGGUAAGCUUCCCACACUUUCCCCUGGUUUAUAGUGUUGGUGCAUUAGUAUGCAAAUUCCCAAACUGGCAACAGUGACAUCUGAAAAGAGCAAGGCUUCCAGAGCGUGAUUUUGUACUGAUUGCAAUUAACGCUGUUCGUUCCAGCAGCAUUUGGAACUGUCUUUGCUUAUUGGGACCCAAAAGCAUCUGUGCUCGAAGGGCUGCCUUAUGGGCUGUGGACGUGGAUAAGGAACCUCUUGCAGGGAGACUAUAGAACGUUAUUGGGGAAUGUAACUCCAUCUUGGGUACACAAGUGCAGCACCUGUUGCUCAUGCUUUAUCAAGAGAAGAGGAUCUAAUCAUGUGGUCCAUGGAUGAGAAGCUUUUAUGAAUAACAAGGGUUUGCAGAAGGAGCUUCCAAGCAGCCAUCCCAUUCAAACGAAAUGGAGUGAAAACAGCCUCUCGGAGGAAGGCUGUGGUUUGCUUUCACUUCCUGAAGCAGAACAACCAGCAAUCUGCUGUUGGGGCUGACUGCCUCCCAGUUGGCACCUUCUCAACAUCUAAGAUGGAAAGCCACCACAUCUCUUAUAGUCUGUCAAAAUAGGACAACGUUAAAAAAUGGACAGUUGGUCUUAAGAUGCACUUUGGAGAGAGCUUGAAAAAUCCCACUACUCUGCUUUCCCACUUUGAGUUCCAUGGGCUAUUCACACCAUUGUCUAGUCUAGGAUGAUCAUCAUCUUCUUUUAAUAAUAAUAAUAAUAAUAAUAAUAAUAAUAAUAAUAAUAAUUUAUUUAUACCCCGCCCAUCUGGCUGAGUUUCCCCAGCCACUCUGGGCGGCUCCCAAUCAAGUGUUAAAAUCAGUACAGCGUUACAUAUUAAAAACUUCCCUGAACAGGGCUGCCUUAAGAUGUCUUCUGAAUGUCAGGUUACAAAAGUUAAUGCUAAUGAAAUGCGAACUCACUGAAAUUACUAUAUGCCCACAUGUUCUCAUACAUACGCUUUUCUUGGGUGAAAUGGAGAGCACUUAAAAUUAGCAUUACCUUUCUUCUGUUUGACUUCUUUUUCCUGCAGGUAAUGUAUAAAUGCACGCAUGACAUGUAUACAGCCAUAGAAGAGUGAAAGGUUGUCACAACCUGGUGAUGCUUCCUUGUAUAGAUUAUUGUUUAUGUAGACUCGCCCGUCAUGUUCCCUGUAUAGAUUGUUUUUGUAGGCUUGUCCUUAUAGUCAUCGCCUCUAAACUCUUCUUCUCCUUACUUCAUUCCUCAGCUUUCAGCUUUCCAAAACUAUAUUUCCCUUCCCCCUUUUUGAAAAUUUGCAAAUUCUUUUUAAGACUUGCUUUUAUGCCACUCACAGUUUGUAGUGUUUUUCUUUUAAACAGUCCUCACUGGUGACAGAAAUGGCAAGCACAUCAAGAGAAAAUCCCCACCUGCCCUCCUUAACUGCUUUAAUGUUUAAUUCAUGUUUAAAAAUACAGAUACACUCACACACACUAAAAUAGGCUCAAACUGUACAGUAUGAAAUCACAAAUUUAAUGCAUAGAUUACACACACACACACACAAAAUUAAAAUUCUCCCCCAAACUAGACAAGAUUAACAUUCCAGCUGUUUCUCUUUUUUACUUUCUUUCCCCCAUCCACUGAUGUGGCGCUGAAGGCAGAGCAUGAAAAAAAAAUAGAAGCAGUGCAGGCUCUCAUUUAAUAACCACAGAGAAUGUGCAUGGAAGACAGACUACAGCAACUAAAAAUAUUCUGAGGUUAAAUUCUUAAUAAUGGUAGUUAAUGUUAUAGUGUGGUUUUGGAAGCUCACUGUUAAAAAGCAGGGGGGAGGAGGGGUGUGUGUGUGUGUGUGGCUCUAUCGCAGUAUAGAGUCAUUGCAAGUUGGGGGUAAGUUUGCUUAAGGGCAUUAAGUUGCACCGUUUGUCUUGGCAUUUUGCUCUUCUUGGCAUGUUCCUCUUUCAAGCGGGUCAUAUAAUUUCAUUUAAAGAGAAAGAAAAAAAUUGCCAGGUUUUUCUAGCAAGAAAUAAUAAAACGUAACUCCACGAAAUAGUGGCCCGUCAGAAUAAUGAGAAGCUCUUAGAUCCCAGCACUUUAGAACAUAGGGAGAUGGCCCUUCUGUCGUUGGUGAAAAUGAAGCGCUUCUCAUUACAAUGUUUCAUGCACAUUAUAGGUUGUGGUUGUAAUCAAGAAACUCUGUAUCUGCGAAUGUUGCCUGGAAAAGAUUUCACUUCCAUGAACUGAAGAAAGGGCUGUGGAAUGUCGGCUGGAGUGUUUUGGGAUGUGGCUAGGGUUAUCAGGAGUUGACCCUGGAAGUGGAGUUGUUGCAACAUGUUGUGAUACCAUUUCUCCUCCUCCUUGAAGUUCUGAACUGUUAGCAGUGUUAAGUAAUGGCAUGCUGAGCAGCCAAGAACCAGGAGGAGACACAGGUUUUGUGCUUAUUCCUUAUCAAUGGCUGCACCUAUUUGUUGUGAGAUUUCUUUGCAAUGGGACUUUGGAUAUAGCAAACACAAGCGUAAUGCUUGCAGGAGUUCUGCAUUCUUGAUUUGGCUAUAAAGGAUACUUAGCUGAAGAAAUGAUGUUAUUUUGGAUUCCCCUGUGUAUUUAAAAGUAUUUUGCAAUGGUAUUCAUGAUACAUUUUCUCUCACGUGUUGCAGCCAGAAACUAUAGGUGCACUUUAUAAUCUUAAAGAUCUCUGGCUAGAUGGGAACCAGCUGGCUGAAUUACCUCAGGUAAGAGACAAUUCUCAUAAAUUUUUAAAUUACACUAAACUACAUCGAACAUUAUUAUUAUUGGAUGACUGAAGGGGAAAUCUAAGCCCUUCAUAUCCUGUUAUUUAAAAAAGACAAAGUGUCCAUGUAAAGAUUAUGUAAUAUUUGAUUUCCGCCUGUAAAUGCCUUUUCAUCUUUGUAUGUGUGUUUUGAAGCUGAAGAAGCACAGGGGAAGGGAUGUGAUGUCAGUGAUUCCUCCAGAAAUCCAUUGCUAGGCGUUGAUCAGUUUCCCUCUCUGCCUCACAGUGGAGAGGUCACUUAUGUGUCAUGCAUAGCUGUCAAUGUUUCCCUUUUUUAAAGGGAAAUUCCCUUAUUCCGAAUAGGAUUCCUUGCAAGAAAAGGGAAAAGUUGACAGCUAUCGUGUCAUGUAACUGCAAGGAAGUGGAAGGGGCCAUGAUAAUCUCGAGGGGGAAGUAGGUGACUCUCAAGGAUAUUAAGCCCCCCAAAGAGUGGUGAAUCCUUUUCAGCCUGAUGGAUUAUUUCCUCAUGGUCAACCUUUUUUGUGGGUGGGUAUGGUCACAUGCCAGGGAAGGGGGUCAAAGGUAAAAGUGGGUGUGACCAGAGGCAAACAUUAGGGCAGGUGGGCAGAGACUAAAAUGGGCACAGUAAUGAAUGGGGCACUUACCUUUGUAGAAUAGGCAACAUUUCAGCUACUCAAAUGCCAGAUGUUUCUGCAGCUCCUCACACACUUCUAUCCAAGCAAGCAGUAGACUUAUCAAGUCAAGCAAAUGUAUUUAAAGAUGAUGAGAGGUGUCGCUCAAGCAGAGGGGGUAAGGCCUGGGGAAUGCUUUGGAGCCUAAAGGGCUGCAUUUGACCCUUGAACUCCAGGUUGCCCACCUCUGCUUUUCACAGUUUUCUGUUUGGAAGAUGAGGAACCUGAGAGAUGCUCUACUCAGAAAGAGCGAGCUGCUGUUUUGGAAUGUCUGCUUUCAGCUAUCUUUCCACCUGUUUCGAUUCAGCAACACGAGCAUUUUGAUAACUUGGGAACUGAACUAUGAGAAAAUGUGUGUAGGUGUGGAUUUUAUAGUGCGGGUUCGCUGGCAUGUGAGCAGAAUUCAACAUAAAUGUCGUUGAUUUUACAAUCGGAACAUGCACCCAUAUCUUUGGCUAACUGCAAUCCAAACAUUGAUGGUAUAAUGGCAAAACUUGGUAUACAAUUCAGUGAGAUUAAAUAGUUAAAAUAUCCCCCUGUUAGACAUAUUUCUUCUUACAAGGAAUGCAGAUGCAGGUUCCCCAUAUACUGAUACUGAAGCUUUAGUCAGCAAGGACUGAUUUGACUAAUUGUGUGCCUAAGCUUUUACAUGUUUAGCCCUUUCACCUUGAAUAGUAUUCAGAAUUGGGUGUUGGCUACUGUUGAAUGAAUGACUGGCUGGCAGCGCUGGGCUGCACUCAUAAGUCAGCAAAUUAACUUGGACUGUUAGCACAUGCUAGGUAUUGCACACAGAGGUUUUACUGGUGAAUCACUUGUGAUAUCAUCAGAAAUGAGUUGUCGUCUGGCAGAGAGGAAUUGCCCUUUUGCCGUUAAGCAUCUUGUUAUGGGGCAGUUGUCAGAUCUCUGGGUGCUGCAUGUUGAGACAUGACUUAGAUGUUUGUCUUGUAGGAAAUAGGAAGCCUGAAAAACCUGCUUUGCCUGGAUAUCUCCGAAAACAAACUGGAAAAACUGCCUGAAGAGAUAAGCGGUCUGCUGUCUUUAACUGACCUACUCAUCUCUCAGAACCUUCUUGAGGUGGUACCGGAUGGCGUAGGUAAGUGAAAAGUGUUUUUAAAAUAAAAUAAAAUAAAGAGCAACAAGAAUUUAAUCAAGUCCAAACAUUUCCAAUGAAACAAUUUCUUUCUCAUAGAAAUUUCUGCUUUGGACUAAUGCUGGUAAAGGACAGCACAGUACAUUGGCUACAUUUACACAUAACACUAGCCCUUGGUUUAGGGUUGCAACACUGAGUUUGUGUGACUCUUGGACUCAUGUAUUCUCCAGCCUCUUUCCUCUUCAGGCAGGGCCAUAAGCAGAAUAGUAAUAGCUUCUUCUUUUGUCUAUCCACAAUUUAGUAUUGUACCCAAACUUUAAGCUGUGAAGAGAGCCUGGGUUGUCUAGUGGUUAGAGCAGGCUUCCUCAACCUCAGCCCUCCAGAUGUUUUGAGACUACAAUUCCCAUAAUCCCUGGCCACUGGUCCUACUAGCUAGGGAUCAUGGGAGUUGUAGGCCAAGAACAUCUAGAGGGCCAAGGUUGAGGAAGCCUAGGUUAGAGAAUGUCUGGCCCAGGAUCUGGGAGAGAUCAAGGUUCAAAUCCCUACUCAGUCACGAAGCUCAUUGGUUGUCCUUAGGCCAUUUGGUUCUUCUCAGUCAAACCUACUUCCUGCAGUGACUGUGAAAAUAAAGCAAGGGAGGAAAAAGAAUCAUGUAUGCCACCCUGAGAUCCCGGGAGGAAAGGUGAGAGAUAAAAACAAACUAGUAUAAUAAACCACAGCUUGCUUCCAUUUUAGUAAAUUGGUGCUUAAGACUACAGUGGCACUUCAGAUUACAUACACUUCAGGUUACAGAUGCUUCAGGUUACAGACUCUGCUAACCCAGAAAUAUUACCUUGGGUUAAGUACUUUGCUUCAGGAUAAGAACAGAAAUUGUGCUCCAGCGGCGAGGCAGCAGCAGGAGGCCCCAUUAGCUAAAGUGGUGCUUCAGGUUAAGAACAGUUUCAGGUUAAGUACGGACCUCCGGAACAAAUUAAGUACUUAACCUGAGGUACCACUGUAAUGUUAGCUAGUCUGGACUCAGAUGGACUUGUAAGCUGUAGUUAGUCACUCUCUGCUCUGCUACCUCAUCUGCUCAAAAAACGUCUGCAUCUUCCAUGAUACAGGCUGUUAAAUCUUUCUCCCACUUGAGCCUGUAGCUUUGUUCUGGAACACCAACAUGGUUCUCUCCCUCAAAUCCUUUUAUGUCCUGUGGUCAUUUUUAAAUGAAGUGUGAUAGCUGCAAAUUCAUUUGCUUGUAUCCAUCCUGUUUCUUUUGCAACAUUUCUUCCUUCCCAAUAUUGCUGGCAGGCUUCCUGGGGCAGGGACCUGGUUUGUUUGUUUGUUUGCUUUAGUUGAAGCACUAUAUAUAUUGAUGUUGCUAUGAAAAUAAUAGUGACUCAAGUACAAUGGUUUUCAGGUACAGUAAGGGAAUACUCUUAAGAAAACAUCUCACAUGAGAUUCUUCCAACUGUAAUAUCUCUAUUUUCGCAAGCUUUAUUUUGAUUGCCUUAUCUUGUCUGGUGCUGCCCAGGCCUCUCCCUCUUUGUCCUUGCCUUCCUCCCACUUGCUAAACAUCCUGGCUGCUGCCCUUAGUACUCCAACUCUUGGUGAUAUAGCCCACAGCAGUCAGUCAGCAGUUUCCUUUUUGCUCGCUGUGCCUUGCCAAUUUUUUAUUGGUACAUAACCAAUUACCUAUUACGGAGAGGGCAACUGGAGGCUUAUGAAUGAGGCCAUUAAUUACCUUUCAUCAGACUCUCUCACUGUGGUCACAGCAUUAAAAAUGAAACUGCCCCACCCCCCCAAAAGCAACUAUCCUAAAAAUGCAUGACUUUCUACAGCCAGUGGAUGGAAAUAUGGAAUUGGAUCAGAAUUCAAAUCCCUGCUGCAUUAUGAGGCUUGGUGGGUAGCCUCGGGAAGCCAACCUCUGUUGGCUUAACAUACUUUACAGGGUUGUUGAGGAUAUAUUGAGAUCAAGGCUGGAAUAAGGUGAUUGGGGGCCAUGGUGCAGUUUGCAAAGUAGUUGUCUCCCCUCCCCGCACCGAAUACACAAAGCAAGUUGUGAAGUAUUUUAAAGUGCCUAACAAAUUUAAUAUGGCAUAAGCUUUCAUAAACUACAAAAAAAUAGUCUCAGCAACUACAAUUUUACAGUAGCCAGCUAAACACAAGCAAAAGACAGUUUGCUAGCCUUGCUAAACGAAAAGAAAAUACUCUGAGUUUCACAUUUUUAACUCACUUAACUUACCAUAAAAUGGCAAAAAAACAGAGACUUAGUGCUGGUAUAAUAUGCAUCAAAUGUUGCUUCCUUUAACCUGAGUUAUAAAGGACUCCCUCCACAUGUACACACAUAUGCAUUGGUACAACUCUGUGGCUUUAACCAAACUUAAUUUGGCCUGAUUAUUGUGUUUGUUGGAGGCAUAACUCCCACUUGUUCUCAGUUGAGCUUACUCACAGAUAAGUGUGCACAGAAGAUUUAUUCCAAAGAGGAGGUGUCAUAAGGCAGGCAUGUCCAACUUUCAAGAGACUGAGAUCUACUCCCACUAUAAAUUGUUGAGCUUUUUGGGAUGGGGGGAGGGUCCUGUGAUCUACCACAGACACGAAUAAGGGACUGUGGAAAACAGAAUAAUCUUCCUUCAUUUUAAAAAGCUUUUUACUAUUUUGCUUUUACAGGUGAAAUAGUAAGGAAAAGCAUACGGUCAGCAUUUUUCCUAAUUGCUUAGUUAAAAAUAAAAAACAAAGCCUUUCCCUACUUUUCAGUGUUUUGCUGCACGGCAGAACCACUGAAAUAACUAACAUAAAUUUAAAAUGGAUUCCCCCCCCCCAUUGAAUAAUGUAAUUGUGUUAUAAUUAUUUGAUUUUUAAGACGUUUUAAUCAACUUAGUUUAAACAUAGUGGUCUAUAUAUAUCUGCAUUGAUAAUGUCCCAUUGCUUUCUCACAAGAAAUCUAAGACUAAGCCCCAUUAAACCCCAGUGAUUCCUAUAUCCUGAUAUCUAAACAACUCACUCAUUGGCUAAAAACAUUGCAAGCCAGGUGUAGCAAGGCUUGAUCAUCUUACAUAAAUCACUUAGAAGGUUGUUUGCACAUUUUUUCUUUAUAACUUUUAUUCUCAGUUUAUCUGAGGGAAGGCGUACCUCAACGGUUCUUGACUAUAUUGUCCUUUCAUGUUCUGCAACAGCUAUUGUUAAAGAACUUGGGUGAUAACACCACUUAGAUAAAAGUCACAUGGAGUUUUGUUUUCUCAUUUUCUAGAUUAUAAACAUACCUGAAAUAAUUAUCUUUGAAAAGACCUUAUUAGAAACAACAUCACCACAAAAUUUUGCUGGCACACCUUAAGUAUUUUAGAAUAUCUGCUAAUGAUGUCUGGCACGUGUUUUAUGCCACAUAUUUGCUACUGGUGCAGUUAAAGCAACUAGCAUAAACUUCUCUCUUUUGCUUGUAGGUAAAUUAAAAAACCUAUCCAUCUUGAAGGUUGACCAGAACCGGCUUGUUCAGUUAACAGAAGCAGUAGGAGACUGUGAAAGCCUUACUGAGUUAGUUCUCACAGAAAACCAGCUGCUGGUAAGUAUGGCUGCAGCUCUUCAAAUGAGUGGCAGUAAUUAUGCCUUUUGCCAUAUCUUGACUCAUUUUCACUGCAGCAUCUUUGUUUUUCCAACUUAUGACUACUCUAGUAAAAUAUAAGACAGUUGAAUUAGUACCCUUCAAUGUGCAUUCUUAAACACAUACUAUGCAUACUAUGGAGGCUGUAGUCUAGGAAAAAUAUGGGAUUAACAGAGAGAAUGAGAACAAACUUAGAUUUCAGUUUUAAGCAGCUAUUACUUGUAUCUAGCUUGCUACAACAAAUUAUUCAGAAAACAUCUGUGGCUUAUAUGAAAAGUGCAACAGAAAUGAGAACACGCCCCCACACAAAAAAUGGAACUGGAUCUUGAUUUCCCCAAAGAAGGGCCAGUAGGGUCCAAAGCACAUUUGAUUAAUAAAUAUGUUUUGCCUACCCUGCUUGUUUAUAUAUUUGUUUAUUUUGCUUGCAUAUUUAAGAAACCACAGGGAUGGAAAAGCUACUUAUUACUUCUUUGGGUGAAAUGUCCCAUCAUUACAUUCUAGCACAGUGUUUCCCAAACUCAGGUCUCCAGCUGUUUUUGGAAUACAGUUCCCAUCAUUCCUGACCACUGAUCUUGCUAGCUAGGGAUGAUGGGAGUUGUAGUCCAAAAACAGCUGGAGGCCCAAGUUUGGGAAACACUGCUCUAGUGGUAGGAACACCUGUUCCAGAUUUAAGAAACUUGCCAAGAUUGGCUGGUAGGACUUCACUACUGUAUCAUUCUAUCUUUCUUCCCUACCCGAUUUUUCCUAACAUGCAUUCACCUCAUAAUGGAAAGCCUUGAUUAAAAGGGUUUGGGCUCACAUAUCUCCCCAAAUGAAUAUCUGAUUGCAAAUGCUCUUUAGUAAGCUGAUGGUUAUAUCUUCAGAGGGAGAGAGGAUUUAAUUUAAAACCUCCAACAUUUUGCAUUUGCCUAGUGUGGUGGAGCAGCAGCAAUAGCCUCCCAGCAGCGUAGUCACUGCUACUUACUGGGAGCGAUGAGGUUGAGGUUGUGCAAAUGCUAUUGCUGCAGCUCCACCCACCCACCCCUGUAUCAGGGGAACUGCUCCUGCAUAUGGCACAAAAGCUUACCUACCUAAUAAUUCGGCAAGUUUCUUAAAUCAACUAGAUGUUUUAAAGGUAUUGGAACAAGGAGGUAGAAAUCCAUAGUGCACAAAAGGUAUUUUCAGUUCCCUGGUGCUGGAAAUAGAGGCAGCGUAGAAAAAGAAAAUGGAAACAACAACAACAAUAACAAUAAUAAUUUAUUAUUUAUACCCUGCCCUUCUGGCUGGGUUUCUCCAGCCACUCUGGGCGGCUUCCAACAAAAUAUUAAAAUACAGUGGUUUGUUAAACAUUAAAAGCUUCCCUAAACAGGGCUGCCUAUGUUGGAGCUGUUUCUGACACUUCCAGGCGGGUGCCCAAGUUAGGAUGGUGUUGGAUCUUGGGAUGUUGUGUUUUCAAGCAAAGGGAGGAGGAGAAGGCAAAAACAGUAAGGGCUGCAGAGGUGAGGAAGCAAGGAGGGUUCUGAAUGACACAGCAGCAUUUUGAUUUGCUAGGCAAGAUGCAAACAUAAAAACAGAGUGCACACCAUAGUUACUUAACUCUGUUACAUGCGGCUUCAUCCUCAGAUUAUUCAUAUGUAAAUUCGUAUGUGGUGGUAAGCAUUCCUCCUGGCACUGCCAUCACUGCUCGUUACCUGGGAUGGGGUUAGGUUUGAGUCAGCAGUGAGGUCAUAGUCACAUGGUUGUAGCAGAGGACUGGUGGCAAAUGAUGUCUGGCAUGUUAGUGCAAACAUGACCUUGCUUUACUCUGAUCUGCCCCACCACAUUCACCCCUAGAACUUCAUUGAUUGAGCUCGCACACCUUGGAAUCUUAAGUCUUUAAAUCUCAACAACCUGUAUCAUCUGGAAUUUCCAAACUGCUUUGAAAGGUAAACACAUAUUGCAAAGCUGGUGGUAUUGGUAAUCACUGACAUUGCUCUGCUUUGAUCUGAAACAGACUUUGCCGAAGAGCAUUGGACGGCUAAAGAAGCUGAAUAUACUGAACGCUGACAGAAACAAACUAGUGUCUUUACCCAAAGAGGUAAGCAAUAUCCCUGUUGUUUGUCUUUGCAGGGGAAACUGGACAGCAUGUAAAAAGGUAUGUCAUUUCCAUUCAGCUAGCAGCCUUGGGUCAGGGAUGAUGGGGCUUGUAGCCUAACAACAAAUGGAGAGCCAUAGGUUCCCCAUUUCUCAACUAGAAUGAAAUGUAGGGCGAGAGAUUGGACUGCACUGACUAGUAAAACCUGAAAUAAGUGGACCUGGGUGGAUGGAAAUAAAUGCACGUAAGGAAGUGUGUUAGAGCAGUCUAUAACUGAAAUGGUAAUUUACUGUCCAAUGUGCUGUGGCUGGUGUCUAGUGGUUUAGCCCAAAUGAUUUCGCUUCUCAUGGUCUUGGACAUCCCAGAACUGAAAGGAGCUCUUAAUUUCCAUCAAAAUCCACUCAACACAGCAGAUGAAGCAUUUUCAAAGUUAGAAAAAGGAAGAAAGAAGGCCAGUUCCUUUCCCAGGGCAAUGUUUUGGAACACUAAUUGCUGAUGAAUGUGUGGUGCUCUAUCAGAAUACCCUUGAAAAGUCCCAAGCAAUUAUGAGUAUUACUGGUUAGCCAUUUAGCUUUUUAUGGUUAAAAAUUACUAUGCAGAAGUUCGUCUCAAGGUCACAAGAUUUGAAAUGGCAUUGGGUGCUUGUAACAAAUGAACUGAAGAAUGCUGCCUUCUUGGAUAUCUAUACAACAUCUGCAGGUUUUUUUUUGUUUUUUAAAAAACAUUUUGUAUUUAGCACACUGAUGAGAUUGCAUUGCUGGCAGUCUUAUUGUCACAGGCUCUUGUCUGUGGCAGGUUCUGACCUGCAGAAUGCUUGUGUCUUUCUGUGUGAAUAAUUUACUGAGGGGUAGCUGUGCUUAGUCUACUGCAGCAAAACAAAAAGCAUUGCAGGAAGAAAAAAAAAAGAUUUAAUAGAUUUGCUAUUGCAAAUUUGCUGAGAAUCCUCAGGAGACCUAGAUUCCUCAUAGGAAGCUAGUCCCGUGAUCUGUUUGAGCAAGCAUGUACCUUGUAACAACCCUGCAAUGUAAUGUUUCUGGAUUUCAAAGCAUAGUGUACCUUGCAAAUGUUCCCUUUAGUCCUUGGGAAUUGCAACUUUUGGAAGUAAACGUAGGCUUCAGUUCUGCCAUCUUAGUCUAAAUCUGUGUCCUUUAAGCCUAACAAAUGUCACUGUGGCAUAACUUUCAACAGACACAAUUACUUUCUUACACAUGUGUCUUCCAUGCUUCAUUUUAUGCAAAAACUGUGCUGGGCACAUGUAAUCUGCUUGGUUUGCUUUUAGUUUUGCUUUGUUGCUGAGUGAAACUGGUUUUGGUUUUUAAGGAGGGUGGGAGGGGGGUUGGAAUGACAGCCGACAGGCUUCUGGUGGUGUUUUUUUUGUUGCCAGUGUAGCUGUUUGAUAACAUUUGCUUUCAGCAAAAUAUGAACAUGUGCUAUAAAUAAGAAAAGCCACACAUGGUGUGAAAGUCAAAAUGACAAGAAGAAAUUUAAUUUAAUACAUCCAGAGACUGAAAGACUGCAGGGAUGGAGCAGUGUGGUGAGGAGUCUGCCAGCUGACAGCCUUACAAAUUCUGCAGACUCAGCCUGGUGGCAGGAGCCUUGGCCCUGGAAGUAGGUUUGAUUUGUCCUAGUAACACAAAGGCUUCAACUCUGCCCUCGCCACUCAAUGGGAUUACUGCUACAUUGCAGUAAACAUUUCAAAAACAGCCUUAUUAGCCCUUGAAGGUCAACAUAGGUUUGUUGGUUCAGUUGGCCACAUGCUCCUGAACUUUUAGGCUUUCAAGUCAGAGAGGUCUUCAGAAUUUUCCUUUUCUUUGUAGUUUGGAUGCUGAUUUUUCUGGCCUCUCCAGAUACAUCUGGUAUCUAUGAAUAGGCAUGAUGGAGGGGGGCAAUGAGCACUGAGUAUCACCAAUCCUGAGCAGUUCUACAGGCUAGAAAAUGUGAAGGUGGGCCAGUAUAAAGAGAUAGCCUUAGAUAAGUGUACUGAUACCCUUUUAUAUAGGAUUACACCAAAUCAGGCCAGGUCUCCAUUUAGCUCUGCAGGGUUUCAGAUGAGUCUUUCUCAGCCUACUUGCAGAUGUUGGGACUGAACCUGGGAGCUUCUACACUUGGGUAGGGAACCUGUGGCCCUCCCUAUGUUGUUGGACUCCAGUUCCCAUCAGCCUUAGCCAACAUGACCAAUGAUCACAAGUUCCACACCCCUGUCCUACAUUGAAAGCAUGGGGAACGUAACCAAAUGUGGUUACUCUCUAGAUUCUCAGCCAACAAAUAUGUUGACAAUUAAGUGUAUGAGAACAGUUAAUUGAAAGCAAAGCAAAUCAGCAUCCUUAAUUGUAUGUUACUGCAGAAUGAAGAUUGUGUUCAACUAAGUCCUACUCAGAGUACACCCAUUGUAAUUAACGAACCUAAAUUGGUAACUUCCAUUAAUUUCAAUGGGUCUGCUCUGCAUAGGACUAGCAUUGAAUACCACCCUGAGAGUUUAUUCUACAGUUUUAUUCAUACAAUAGUAGAGAAGUUUGGUGGUUAUAUGAUACUUCAUUGAUUUGAAAAUGUGAGUUAAGGAAGCUGACUGUUUUCUUCUGAUGUCAGUGAUAUUUAAAACUGGAGAUAAAAUUAAAUUAUAAACAGAAUUUUGUCUUUCACUGAGUACCACAUGUAUGGUAGGGUGUGAUAAGAAACAGUUUUUUAUCUGGUGAGUUUAGCCUUCUUUCUGUGUACCACUUAAUUUGUCACAAAUAUCUGAGGGACCUGAAUUGUGCCUGGGGGCCUGUAGAUCCAGCCUGUCAUUUUACUGUGAAAGCUUCAGAUUAUACAGAAUGAGCUGCUACACGAGGUUGACUGUUGUGUUAUAGUACAGAGAUAACUGCAUGCUGAGUCAGAUAGUUGUCUUGUUGAGAGCAGGAAAGGAAAUACUGGAGUUCAGCUUCAAAUGUAUCAACAUACUCUGUACAGAACCUUAAAUAUGAUAGCAUGUGCUUUAUUUGUUUUUUAGAAGCAUAGCAAAAAGCUUGGGUAAUUUUUCUGCUCUGUAGUGCCAUGCAAUUAAGUGUUUGGCUACAGACUAAAUAAUUGGUGGCCAAUUUAUUUUUGGUUUAGUACAGAGGCAGGCAAUGGUAUAAACCAUACCCAUAAGCCCUCCUUCUCCUGUCCAGGGUUGUCACAAACACCAGCUUCCUGUGUCACUUCUGCUGCUAAUAGGUCGCUCCUUUUGCUUCUAUUAACUGUUCAAAAGUCCGGUUAGUUUUGCUCACUCUCUGGAUCUUGAAUAUUCACAAAUUUAUUUCCCUAUACCCUCUUUGGUAUUUUUCAUGAUGUCAUAAGUAGCUGUUUCAGAGCUUCAAACCUCAUAUUGCCAGUGGUGAACUGUGUCUGGUGUUACAUAAACCAGCUAUUCAGGCUGCUCUGCAGCUAAUCAUAGCCAUCAGUGCCACCUACAGAAAUAUGACAAAGUGAACUGCCAAGUGUGAUAAUGAGAACCUCUGCUGCGCAGUGUUGGGAUGGAACCUUGACAAAAUUCUGACAGGUGAGAUCAAAGGAGGUGGGCUUGCGUUGCCUUAAUAGCAAAGGGGUUUGACAUGGGGAGAUUAGUGGGUGGAUUUCAGCAGGCAGCUUCUGGCAGGCAGGCAGGUUUGAUGAAGUGAUGGUCAGGUUCUUUUAUUCCUACCUGUUUGAAAUCGUUAUAUGAACUAACAGCUGAUUCAUACACAGUGAUUUAUUUCAUUGCUCUGUUAUUCGGCAUUUGAUGUGGGGCAGCUGCUUUGAUAAGGUAUUGUCUGAAAUGAUGUGCACUGAUAUAAAAACUCUGGUGCUUGUUAGUGGUGGCUGUUUUACACCUGCAAAUCAUCACUUAAUGUUGAAGUUUUGGAGUUCUGAGAUCAUAAAUAUAUAUACAUAUAUACGAAUUUUGUCUGUCGUAUUGUCACCUAUUUUCUUGUUUUCUUUUUUGCAAAUAGGCAUCUUUAACAAAGUCUAGAAUCAGAGCCCCUAAAGAUCCUUGGUAUGCAAUGUAACAUGCACAAAUGAAUACAAUACUCUUCAGUCAUACCAGGUUAUCCAAAAGGGGUCAGAGGAACAUAUAUGCAAUUCAACUAACCAGAUUCAAACGUCUGCUAUUUUUGACUUUUUUUUGCAUUUGUGUUGUGUAUUUUGUCCUGCACUUGAGCCAUGUUUUGAGAUAUACAUUAGGUAUAUAUAUAUACAUAAAAAUGAAAUGGUGGUUAAAUAUAUAAAUUGGCAGCUGGGACUAAUAAAACUGUUGGCAAAUAUGAUAUCAAGCGAGUCACUGGCUAUUCAUCACUUAGUCAGAUGGCAAGAGAAUAUUCUGGAUUAGUGUUGUGGCAUGGAUGCUUCGGAACGUGCAUGCCGUUUAGAAAAUAAUGUUAGUUCAACUACGGAACUCACUUCUACAAGAUGCAGUGACGGCCACCAAGUCGGCAUGGCUUUAACAGAAGAUUAGGCAAAUUCAUGGAGGAGAAGGCUAUCAAGGCCACAAGCCAUUGUGGCUAUGCUCUCGCCCCACUGUUGUAGGAAAUAUGCCCCUGUAUGCUUGUGGACGUCCCAUAGACAUCUGAUUAGCCACUGUAAGAAUAGGAUGUUGAACUAGAUGCACUUGAUCCAGCAGACCCUUAUAUUCUUACGUUCUUUGAACCCUGUUUAUUUGGCUUGCCACAAAAGUAGAAUGGAUUCUCCCACUAAAAUGCUUUCCCUAGUAAUCAUUGUUUCUGUUAAUUGUUGCAUGUAAGUAAACGUUUCUGCAAACUCUCCUUACCACUAUUUGUAGAUAUUUCCCCCCUCUACAAAGUGCGAAAUAUUUUGGCAGCAAGAUCAGUAGACCUCAAGGUGCUGAACAGCCAUCCUUUUGAACUCAGUGUGUCCCCAUGUUACAGAACGGGAUACAAAGAAACUCUAAGCCCUUGUCUCCAUUCAAAUUCCUAAGUGUGCACAUAACACCUGAGAACUUCACCAGAAAGUUUCAAGAUCAGAAUUUUGUUUCACCUAAGGAUUCAUUCAUGCCUAGGGAACCCUGUAAUUUUUGAAGUGGAGGUGUAAGUUUCACAACAAAAGACUGAGGUGAUUAUUUCAAGAAGAUAUCACAGUUGAUAUCUUACCAGUUUUGAUUGGAUGCUACAUCUUCACCUAUUAUUUUUGACAGAGCUGCAUGGUAACAAAUGGUUCAGCCUUGUCAAUGUUCCUCAGCUGCAAACUAUGGCAUUUUUAAAGUAACUAUAUGUGGUAGAUAUUUAGAAUGUGCUGUGUGUAGCCAGCCAUUAAAUGUGUAGCAUUUUUGUGCUCUGAAUAGUCAACUUUCCUGUUAAAAAAAGAAAAAAGAGAACCCUUAAGGCAUUAUUUGCAUCUCAUGAUUAUAUCCUCCAUAUGAGCAUGAAGUGUAGAUAGCAAGCAAUCACUUAUCACAUAGUAUUCAUUUGCAAAACUCUCUCUAGGAUGUAUGCAAACACAUGGGGAACUGGUCAUUAUUAUCUGACCCUGUGGUAAGCAAAUACUUUGCCAUGUUUUGGAUUAGGUCCACAAAGCUCAGCAUUAUGGACAACUAGCUUCUCACAUGCUUUCAUUUAGUCAGUUUACAGAUUUAUUACAGUUUACCAUGUAGUGGUCAGUUCACCAGGCCAAUUGCUCAAGGCUGUUCAAUGCAGAACUAGCUGGAAGCCAGUUUCAGUGAAGGAGCGGAAAUGUUGAGUUCUCUGGUAGAGAAAAAAAAUGUCUCAUCAUAGAGUGUGUGUGCUUGUGCAAGACUGGUAUUGUCUUGUCCUUUGAAAUAAUAGUGUGCGUUUAUAUCAAACAACUGUCUCUUGUGUUUUUCUUAAUUGUUAGCUGCUUGGAAAAAUUGAGUCAGGUAAACUCUUGUAACCUUGUAAGUAUUGUUCUGUCCACGGUUGCACUGAUUCCUUUCAUCCAAACUGCUUUCAAUGCAUGAUGAUUCCAACUGGCUGCACUUUCAUUGCCCCCAAAAGUCUGGGGUUUUCCAGCUCAAGGGGUGGGUUCCUCUCAAGAAGGCUGCAUGGCCAAAACUCAUUCUGCUUGUUCUCGACACAGAACCAUUCAAAGAAAACACUCCUUGUGUGCUACAGGGCAUCAUUUGCCAGCUCAUCUAGCAUUCACUAACCAGAAUAAUUGUGCUCAGUUUUUUCAUUUUAGAGAUGCACCAGUUAGGCAGACAAUGGAUACUUUUGCUACGGUUCCUCAUAUCCUGUCAAGAGUACUUAGAUAAAUUUUAGUGCAUGGUUUUUCACUCCUGGGGAGGCUCUGCAACUUAAACAAACACAAUAUAUAAUCAUCUUGCUCAUGCUUUUUUUCACUAUGAACUCCUUGCAUGAAAAUAGGAGGAAAGUAUGCCUGUUUCUAAUGGAAGGGAAUACGAUGGAAAUAUUUAUGUUGGCAAAAAGUUUGCAUAAAGAUUAAAAUGUGAUGAAAGGAAUACUUUUUUUGGUGGUUACUGGGGGGGGGAAAGAUUUCAGUUGUAAUGGGGGGAAAAUGAAAAUGAAAAUUCAAUUCAACCAAAAUUGAAUUGACUCCAAUAGCUAGCUAGCAUUUAAUGAGUUGUUUGAAAAAGUAUUUUUAGAUUUAUAACCAAGGCUUAGAGGGGGCUUUAAAGUGGCUUGUUGAUACAAAGAUUGUGGUCUCCUUCAAACGGUACAGACUCUCUCUUUAAGUUGGUGGUUAGCAUCAGUGGUAAUGACAGUAGAAAACUUUUUAUCCUUUUAAAAAGAGAAAUGUGAUGAUGGAAAUUCCAUUCAUGUUGCAAAGUGACCAUCUUAAAGAUGCAUGUGCUGUUGAAGUUCUUUAUAAUAGAAUGCUUAUUCUCUUGAAAUGAAGCUUUGAACUUCGCAGAACCUGGGUGUGAGAUGAUAUCCUGAGUUCAAGAUGCAUAGUGUUUUCUACGCUGAAAUUUAGGUGAAUGUAAACAGAAGCUUAUAUAGAAUUUCAGAGGAAAUUGGAUACUUGACACAGUAAAUUGAAAAGACCCACUCUUAAAUCCUAUACAUGUUCAUUUAGAAUAAAGGCUUGCUGAUUUUAGUGGAACUUACUAAGUCUUAUUACAUUUUAAAACCUACUUAGAAUUUCUAACUUUAAAAUGGCGAUUGUAAUUUUGUGUAACUUAAAAAGUAUGCCUUAAGUGCUUUUCGCUUGAAUCUAUUGCUUGAAUCUAUUGCUUUCCAUUGUGCUGUUGAGUUAAUUAUUGGGGUUUGUGUAAAUUAUGGCUUUUUUUUUUAGCGCAAGAUGCCUUACAGUGCACUCUUACAUAAGUACUGAGUUUUCAAGUUUGCAUAAGCACAGUCUCAAUAAUUGCUAUGGAGCAACCUUGUGGGUGUUUUACUUAGUAUAAGCAACUGCUGCUUUAAAAACACCUCAGCUGCAAAUAGAGUGAAUUGAAGAUGCCGGUGCAUUUGACAAUGAAUCUUGCUUUGGGCAAGCAGGUUUGUGUAUUCCGUUGUUGCUUUGCAGGUGCGCCAACAUAUACAAACACAUCCCUGAGCACCUGAUGCAGAGUAGCAUGUAGGGAAAAUAAAUGAGAUCAGGAAGCCUAAUUUUAAAAAGCAGUGGCAGAACCAUCAGACCAGGAAUUCAGAUGUUUUGCUGAAGCUUAUCAACUUUGUUCCCAGCUGCUCUCUUUUAGUCGCUAAACAGAAGAACUUUAAAUGCUGUCUCUGAAGCUUCCAUCGUCCAAUGGGUUAGCUGAGAAGGAAUCAGAAUGAGUGUCCCAAGACUGCCCCUUAGUGGAGCGAGUUUUUGUUGUUGUUGUACAAAGCAACUACUAAGGCAAACAUGAGUAUUCUAGUGUGCUGGUAACAUUAGUACUCACAGUCCAUGUUCUACAUGCAUACUGUGCCUCUGCAACAAUAAUGCAUUCUCUUUUCUUUUCAUAAAACAGAUUGGUGGGUGUUGCAGUCUAAAUGUUUUUUCAGUACGUGACAACCGGUUAUCUAGGAUUCCUCCUGAGAUAUCACAAGCCACAGAACUUCAUGUCCUAGAUGUAGCUGGAAAUAGGCAAGUACUCGUAUGCACAACAAAUCCAAAUUAUUUUUGUAAUGUAUUCAAGAUGCAUAAUGUUUGCUACAUCGGAUGGGGUAUGUGCAAUUUGGUAGCUGUUAUAAACACAGUUUUUUAAAAAACCACAUUAAUAGUUGAAUGUUUAGGUUAGUUCCCAAUUUAAGUCAAAUGAAGAGAUGUGUUGGAUUUAGAUUUAUUUAUUUAUUUUGCUAUUAUUCCACUGGGGUACAGCUGUACAGAAUGGUACUGCAUCUGUAAUGAGAUUGGGGCAUGUUGUUUUUAAACACCAGAUAUAUUAGUAUCAUUUUAUUAUCUUUUCCAUGCAGAAGAAAAAAUAGGUACUGGAGGUUAAAAGCUCCCUUCCUUAGACUGUUGUGCUGUGUUAAGAUCCAGCAGCUACUGUAAUGGGAUGUGAGUCUUUAUGCUGUCUGGCUGUAAUGUAGUUCACAGCAAUUAAUCCUCCCUCCCCCCAGUUUGGAGAAUUUAAUUUCCCCCCUUUCCAUUCACUUACAGCAAUACCUAUACCAUUCUCACAAUGCUUUUAGGGAAAUGCAUGGCAUAUGAAGAGUUAGUUGGGUGGGUGGAAUAGUGCAAUUUUCAAGAUCAGACACUACCUAUGUAUACUUGUGAAAAUGCCAAGCUCUCUCCUGAUCACAUCAGAUGCUUCUUGCAUAUUUGCCUGCACAUAACAAAACCAAUGUGGUAAGGCUGAUCUUUUGUUGGAAAACAGUAAGUUACAUGAAGUGCACAGAAACCAUGUCAUAAUUUAAAUUUGUAUGAUCUUGCAUGGGGAAACAGUUGUUUGGGGCACCUUCUUCCACCUCUUUGCAGACAUAAAAACAAGACUUUUUCAUAACACUGAAAUGCUUUAUUCUCCGUAGCAGUUUAAGAACUAUUAGGAUUGUUUUCUCCGCCAGGUUGCUACAUCUUCCCAUGUCACUCACCAGCUUGAAGCUGAAGGCGUUGUGGUUGUCUGAUAACCAGUCCCAGCCUUUACUUACGUUCCAGACAGACACAGACCCUGAAGUAGGGGAGAAGAUUUUAACAUGUGUUUUACUUCCUCAAAUGCCUUCUGAGCCCGGUUGCCAAGGUAAAUACAUUUUACAGAUCAAUUUCACUUGAAGCAAGAUGGCUUCAGGGUAAUGAGAAAAGCAAACAAAACUCCCUUGGCUGCAUAGUAUCAUGUAAGUGUGCUAUGCCUCUUAAGAGGUUUUCAAGAAAUUGUAGUUUUGAGGUGAUGAAGUGUUGCAUAUCUUCUGCCGGGUGAUGAUAAUAAUGGCUUAUCGGCUCCCCAUCCCUGUAGUUUUACUUUUAACUUAUUGAAUAAAUGCAAAUCAUUAACUUGAUCUUGGAACAGCUUUUCUUGAUGAUGUUUAAAUACUUUGCAUGUUCUUAGCUCACACAAGUACAAGAGUUACGUACAUCAAGUGAUUUCUUUGCACUUGCAGCUGAUGACAAUCUUGGGCAUUGGGGAAAUUUACAUUUCAGGGAAACAGUCUUAAAGAAAAGAGUUCCAGAAAGUUGAUGUUUCAGCCUCUGUCUGCUCAUAUAUGGAGACAUGAACCAAAUUUCCUGAUAAGACUGUAUCAUUGCAAAUGUGAUGUAAUGUCUUUCCUAAACAUAAGCACAAGAUCUUUGCAGCUGACCUCUCAAGUGAAUGUAGUAUGGAAUUGUCAAACGUGUGUUUUUAUCAGGAAAAAAAACCUUGACAUCUGAACUGUUGGAUAUAUGUUGAUGUUGACUUCUCUAACAACCUUCUAUCUCUGUUUGUUAUCUCUCAUAACAGAUAACCUGCCCCGAUGUGGAGCACUGGAGAGCUUGGUAAAUGAAAUGUCAGAUGAGACAUGGAAUGAACGAGCAGUAAAUAGAGUCAGUGCAAUCCGCUUUUUAGAAGACGAAAAAGAUGAAGAGGAUAAUGAAAUGGUAUGUUUUCUUGGAAAGCGAAUGAAAAAGUGGGGCCGUAAGCACGGUUUGUUGGACUAUUGAUAAUUCGGGCAUUAAUUUACACGGCACCAGCAGACCAUUACUAAAUUGCCAAUUUUGUUAAAUGCUUGUAAUCUGAUACUCUUGCAGAAACCCCUGGGUAGCAAAAUAUUGCUACUUAAUCCUAGCUUUAAUUGACUUUUAUUGUCUUUUUUGGGGGGUGUUCCCUUCAGUUUUCCAAAAACAGGAUGGAAGUAUCCAUCUUCUGUGGAAGAUCUAAGAUUUGGAACCAACAUCCUGUAGAGGCAGCAAAGCCCUUGGAGUUAUCCCUCCCCCAUUGGACUGUAUCCUAUCCUUCCAUACUGUUUGUUGUCAUCGCCACAAUCCCUUCCAUCGCCCUGCCUUCAUUACAUGAUCAUUUGUAUUGACACCUGAACUGGCAGAAAAUGUUCAGUGUUCUGCUCAAAAUGAAGGAGGGCCGAGUGGGAGCACCUGUCACUGUACUUAUGAGACCUCCAGUAAAGCACAUCCCCCCUCCCUCCAAAUACGCCCAUGAAGUAGGUCCACUUAAAUGAUUGCUUUUUACUCACAGAAGAUGUCAAAUGGCAGGCAGGCAACCAUGGCUUCAUAUAGGAGUGUAGCAGUAUGAGACACCUGUUUGCGUUCCCACUUAAAAACAAAUACCUUAGGUAUACACUUAAAGAUGCCAUGUGUGAAAUUGUCCACAGUACAAACCUAAAAUAUGCAUUAAAGGAAUAUUCUUGCUUUGAAUAGUGACUACAGCAUUUUUGAGAGUAAGAACAUAAGUGUUUCCUUGCAAUUAAUACUUAACUGAACUACAAAAGGUGCCUUCUACCCUCCUCAUAGCUGGUAAUAUAUUGGGGCAACAAAUUGACUCCCAGUCCUUCUGACUUUCUGUAACUGGUGAAAUUGUACAGUUCAUAUUAAAAUAAUGCUGCUAUAAAGCAGUUAAAAUCACUGUGAUUCAUUUAAUAUCAUGGUUUGUGUGUGCGCACGCACACCUUCUGCAUCAUGGGACAAUAAUUUAAUUUUUCUUGGUGCAUAGAAGGCGCACACAGCCUGCCACCCCCCUCACUUUCACUUAUUUUUAGUCUUCAGAAUCAACUAAAAUUAAAAGCAGGGAAAAGAUUCAUUGCAUAACUAACAGCAGCUGCCAUGACUCAGAAUGCAUAUGGUGGUGGAUGCUUUUUACGAAGGUGCUACAGUCACUUUUCUGAGCAGAAUUGCAUUUCACAGCUGCAUAUGUAAACUAGAAUUAUCAGCUGUCUUUUUGCAGCUAUGGCUGCUCACAUGUGAAUGUAUGUUGACCACAUUUCCCACAGUACACAAGUUUGAAGAACAGAUGCUUAUUGAAAUAUGUAUCCUCUGUGUUUUGAUGAACAUCUCAUCUUCAAACAUUAGUGUUGACAAUGUGGGUGCAUUUUUCACAUAAAGCAUGAAGUGUCCCAAAAGUAAUGGCAUGUAAUUCCAGAGGUAAAAUAGAUACAGAGUAUGACUACUUUUAAAUGCAUGGGUCUGCAGUGGUGGACUGAUUCCCUUUAAAAGACAGUGGUGGGUCCAUUUAUUAAAAAGCCGUCUCUGGACACAAUGGAGUGUAAUAUCUAUACACCAGUCACCAACACCCAUUUCUUGGCAAACAUAGUGGAAAGGGUGAUUGUGGAGUAACUGCAGGUAUUCUUGGAUGAGAUUCAUUAUCUAGAUUUGCUGCAAGCAGACUCGGUUUUAGAACCCAAUCAACUUUGGUUGCCUUCCUUGUGAGACAGGGGGAAUACAUCUCUGUUACUUAUGCUCUGUCUCUCAGUGGUUUUGGAUACUUCCUGGACCAACCAGUUUUUGAAACUCCCAAUUGUUUUGGACGCAUUUUGCGACAGGGAAUUUCGUUAGUUCAAUUAGUUUUUCAGCUCUGGGCACAGCACCGCGCCUAAAAUUUCAAACUAAAACUGCAGAGUGGAAGGAAAGGGGGACCUUUUUCUGCCUCCCCACUUCCAACUACUCUCUAAAGACUGGAAAAGAGACCCUCUUAAGAAUAUUAGAGGGUGGGCAGGGAAAGGACUAGACCAUGUGAAAAAUGAACAUAAUACUUACCUGCAGUUCAUUCAUUUUCAGCUUUGUAUUCUUGUUAUAAGAAAGUGCACCUAGACAUUCAGUUGUUGCACCCAUAGCCUAGGUUUAAGGUGCCAUUUAGGUCCUAGCUUUCAUAUCUCAGUUUCUAACACUGGGACCAGUCACGGUGGGAUGGGUAUUGGGGGCACUGUAUUACAAUGGUUCCGUUCUUACUUUCAGGCCUAUUUUUGGAGAGCAGUGUUGGGUAAGUGCUCUGUGGUCCUCUGGCAUCUCUGCUAUGGGGUUCUGCAGGGUACUAUCCUGUCCCCAGUGCUAUUUAAUCAGGCCGCUGAUGACAGGCAGUCCUAUUUUGCCAUAACAAUUAAAUCAGGAGAGGCAGUGGAAGCUCUGGAUCAGUGUAGUGGUGGACAGGAUGAGGGCCAAUCAACUGUAUUUGAAUCCUGGGAAGAUGGAAGCACUUUGAGUGGGUUGUCCCCUCAAUGCAUGUUGCCUCUCUGCAUCACGGCAAGCAUGCCUUCAGCUAUUAGGUCUAUCCCCUGCCACAUUUUAUUUAUUAUUAUUAUUACUAUUAUUUUUAAGCAGCUAUUUUAAAGUUGACAGCACAUUUCCUGGUAGACUCAAUCACUGGUAUUUGAUUGCCAAGCCUGAAAAGCCAUUUUAAAGAAUAUAUAUAGUUUCUUAACAAGGGGGGGUGGGGAGUCACAAGAAGGAGAAAAAUCAUUUAUUCCACUGUUUGUUUUUAGAGGACACUUCUAAGGCGAGCCACUCCACACCCUGGGGAGUUAAAGAAUAUGAAAGUGAAAGUGGAGAAUUUACGGAAUGAUAUGAACGCUGCUAAAGGACUGGAUUCAAACAAAAAUGAGGUCAAUAAUGCCAAUGACAGAGUGACCACUUCUGUGUAGAGGCUCGCCUCCCAGAUAUUUGCCUCCUGUGUCUUCCCACCUGCUGUCGAACCGUUACUGUUGCAUCCUGGGAAUACCAUCCAAUCAACCCUCAUGUGUUUUAACCAGAAAUCCGACUCAUCUUGUCCUUGUGUCAUUCCUUUGGAAGGUGCUUCUCACUGGAAGAAAAGUGCCUUAUUUCAGUCCAGGCAUCUGAGCACAGGGGGUGCAGCGCACUGAGAACUGCUCCCCCACUGUGGUUCUUUGCUUGAACAACUCAUGCUUGUUUGCCGGCGAAUUGUUCCCAUCAAUUCCAGUGUUGUUGUUUUUGUUUUAAAAAAGGAUUAAGAGGUCUGUUUUGUUUUUGUUUUGUUUUUAACAAGGGGAAUAUGCUAUUAUACAAUCAUGCAUCUCUUUUACCCAGGGGUGUUGGUCUGCUGCUGUUCUCCUCUGCCCUUCCCCCAACCCCAGUUCAAGUGAUGGGGUAUUUAUUCUGCCCUGUUCUGGACUGUGGUGGCGGGGGAAAGUAGUUUUAUUGCAGAACUGAUACUUUUUAAACCUCUCUGGCAGCUCAGAUGGUGUAAAUUUUAUAAUUUUUUGUAUAGGAGUCGAGUCUCAUAACAAACCAACAAAAUGGAUGUAUUUCAUUUUUUAAAAAAGAAUUUUUAAGCGGUACAUUUUACUAUUUGUGGAGGGUGAAUUCCAUUGACACAUUCAUGCUUGUCAUAUCUGCAUGUGCCUUAAUGCAGCCUAAUGAGAUUAGUUAAAGAAGAAAAAAGCCUAGGAGACAGUGAGAUUAGUUUGAAGAAGGGUGCCUCCUCAGAUGUGCGACUUUACAAACAAUUAAUGUUUAACUUCCUCCCUUUGUUUUAAGAAGAAGAAAAAGCUGAAGUUUUUCUGCAAAGUGUUUUACUAUGGUGACGACACUGAAUUGCCACUGCCUUAUAAUAUGAUGCACUCACACACUUUUAAAACUUGUUCAUGAAGAAAUUACUUGGGCUGAAGCAGCAUUGCACCCAUUAGAAUUUCAGGUGUCCACUUUUAAAUGUGCCAUUUGUAAAAAUAACAUAUAUUUUAGAAAUGGAACAAAAUACACAACAGCAAGAGCAUAAGUUGUGAAAAUGAAUGUUAUGUACUGUACAGGCAUGAUAUUCUCAGACGUACUUGGAAGGUUUUAUAUCUCUAUAAAACCUUAAUAAAACACUAAAAACAAACAAACACCUUAGUGCCUCGGUAACUUUUUAUUCUAUUACUUAUAAAUGGAUGUAUAACUUUAAUUCCUUUGCACUGUAUUUCUUACUAAGUACUGCUCAGUAUCGGCCCCCAAUAUUACUGCUGAUAAAUGUUACUUCACAUUUGCUUUGAAAUGCAAAUAACAAAUGCCAUAGGGUGAUACCAAAUUUUUGAUUUGCUGGAUGUCGAUUCUUUCAGACCUGCAGAUAAAUAUAACAGAUGUUGCUUCACAAGGUAGCUUUGUUAGUUCCAACAGCCUGGCCAAAGAAUGUAUAAAAGUUUUUUGGCUUCUAGAGGAAUGUAAAUUCUUAUGUCUGAGUCACACAAGUUCUGUGGUACUGGUGGUGAAACAUUCAUGCUGAACUGUCCCUGUUGAUCAGAACACAUGCAAGUGAUGGGAAACUUGUAGCUCUCUAGAUGUUAGUGAACUACAACUCCCAUCAUUCCUUGCAGUUGACCAUACCACCUGAGGCUGAUGGGAAUCCAACCACAUCUGGAGGGCCACAGAUUUCCCAUCCUAGGCAAAUGGAAAUCCUUCAGACAUACCAUGUAGUGUACUGCAAAUCUGGAAAACACCAACCAAAUGACUUUUAUGACUUGAAGUAGAAGUUUUCUAACAGGGGUCUUGUGUUUUGCAAGAGAGAGCCCUCCUGGAAAAUGUAUUUCUAAAAAUCUUCUGUAAGUCCUUCAUGAAAACAUGUGUUUAGAAAAGAUGUGUAGAUGUUUUAAGCCGAGUGACAUUGUGCUGCGAUGAAGUGCAGUUGCAAUUUGGGGGUGGGGGGAAAGCCUAACAUUGUGGGUUCAUUCUCAAGAAUACGUGGGUAGAAUAUUGUUACAAAAGCAUCUGCACAAAGGUUUGCAUGUUCUGCAGCAGAACAACGUUGGGGCAGCCCUAAGAGGAGAGAGCCUUCUACAAAGAUCCUUGUUUUCUCACUGCUAGUAAAAUAAUAAUAAAGGAAACUACUCAGUUCAAGGGGGACAGAUAUUCUUUCAUUGUUUUCAUUACUCUUGCGGUAAAAUUCACUGACUUCACCAGUAAACAGGUAUAUAGUUUACAGUUGGCCUGUUAAAACUGUUAAGGCCUGAUUCAUCAUUGGUGCCAUAUAGAUAUAGAUCACUGGGUUAUGAAAUGUUUGUGCUGACUGCACUGAAAAGUUUUGGCUUGGAUCCUAACAUAAUUUAGCUUAAGGAAGUUCAUGGAAGGAAAAUACUCUGUCCCCACCUUGCAGCAGCAGCCCCUGCGCCCUGUCUCAUAUUGCUCAGGAAGGUACCUCCACCCACCCUACCAAAAUGCUUUUCUGGGGUCACAGAUGGCCUGGAGGAAGGAAUAGUAAACUUUCCUUCUAGGAACUUCCUUAUUAACACACUUCAUAAUCCAAGCAAUUGUGGUGGACCUAUUAUGGAAGCUUGAUAGCUGGAGACUCAUUAACAAAGGUUACUACUUUAUCUUUGAACAGCCAAUUAACCACCCCUAUCAGUAAAAGGAAAAUAGUUUUGCAACUUGCGAACAUGGUUGUUGUGGGAUUAGAGUCUGCAGCGUUUGGGGCAAUUCUUUAAAUUGCAUCAAAUAAUUUACCACCACCGGUCGUUUCUUUUGCUAACACUAGUUUAUAUGGGCAUGCCUCAGUACACUGCUCCUGUGUAAGUAACAUCCCCAAUGCCAGAACUGUUUAUCUCUAUUAUGGAAGAAAUACUUGCUUCCCAGUUUAAAUUAAAUCAUUUUACUUAAAUAUGGCUUGUGCUGGGUGAUCAGUUGAAUGGCUGCUGUCAUUCAGCAGAGGCUGCAGUGUGUUCUGAGUGGUACACAAUCUGGGCAUUGUUCCCUUGUAGAUGUUCAUGGGUGAAUGACGUUCCAAAGCAAGAAUAUAUUUUUAUUUUCUUGUUGUCUUGUUGGACUAUAUUUGCACUAAAGUGUGUUCAUCAGUGAACAAGAAUGGGAGAAAGCAGAAUCCUGAUCAAGUUGCAAUUGAAACACAAGUGUGAAGCCACAGUAUUUGAAACUUUGCGUCUGAUAUUGCGCUACAAUAUAUCUUGCAUAUUUUCUCUCCCCUCUUGGGAAUAGAUAGAGGUUUGAUCCGGUGCAUAAAUAUUCAAAUGGAGAAUUAUGUUGGAAUCCUAUGCACGCCCCCCCCCCCAAUUUCAUAUGGGUGUCUACAUCCAUGCCCUUUACUUUUGCAAUGUAGCAAAUAAAAACACCCUUC